AUGAAUCCGCACCUCAUGGCCAAGGCUCAUUUAUCCCUGUACCUGUCUUUAGGAAGGAAAGUUCGGGAACAACAGCGACUAUUCUUUAAACGUCUUUACCUCAGCCUUGCUCCCGAGUAUUUAGACUACGUAGGACUAGACCGGAGUAUUCACGGUGGUCAUGAAUGCACCGACCAGCUAUUCACACUGCAGCACAUUGUUGAAACCCGCCAUGGCUACCAAAAAUCAACAAUCAUCCGCUUCGUUGUCUUUUUCGGGCCAUCGACUCCGUCUAUAGUGAGUCCCUGUAACUAAUAACGGAGUUAGAGGGUAGUUUCGACAAACAUCGUCAUAAUGAACAGCGACUCCUAUAAUUCAACUACCACGACCACUCCAGUUCUAGGUCUUAGCCGUUCGAUAUUCAGUCUUAAGUUCGACAGCGCUACAUUAUGUCGCCCAUUUUGUUCCAGCACGCCACUGUCUGGAUUCUCCAGAGGUCCAACUCGUUUUUUUGCCGUGUCGAAUUCGCUGACUGACUGACCUCGACUAGGCCAGCCAAAUCGUCUCGCCAACCUCAAGAUUUAAUGACCCACCGAAUCCACUGUCGCGGUUGAAUAAGGUCAGAAAUGCCAAUAAAUCUUUUUAAGGUUUGUAUCUGUCACCUUGAAGAAAGAAAGAGUUUUCACUGUGUCAGAGCAAAACUAUGGUCAAAACGACAGAGUGGAAACGGCACCGCCUGCUGAAUCAAGGUGCGGCUCACGGUUUAUUUUCAAGCCUUAAGAAAUCUUCAUGCACGCCAUCUCGUAGCGUUACCGUUAUCGGGCAUACCAAACACUAAUUCCGUCAGCUCUAAACUAUCCUGAACGCCGAGUCGUUCAAGGAAGAAUAAUAGACACCGGAGGGCCUUGAUCAACGUUGCUUGAAACCACCAUUUGCACGGAGUACCGAAGCUGGCAACUUUGUGGGCACGGUUUUCCGCUGGUCGCUAUCGAAUAUGUAAAUUUCCCCUUAGCAGGUUGGCGUUUUCGCGCACCUUACCAAACGCCUAUGGACUACGCGAGUGGCUGAGAUUCGUGCAAUAAUCGAUGUCACUGAUGACUACUCAGAGUCUUAGACGUGCUACGACAGCUCGAUGACAACUGAAAGGAAAGUGGAAAGGCGCAUUUCGUGACCCACUUGUGGUAUAAGGCACGCCUAAAAGCCUCAACCUACAGCCUUCGCAGGCAGUCGACAGGCGAUUUGUGAUUAGAAGAUCGCUAGAAGCUCCUAAUUGCCCGAGUUAAUUUCCAGACUGCGAGUCCCCUCGGGCGCCUCUCAGUAGGUCACUGUUCGAUUGUUGUGGUGAAAGAUACUGCAACUUGGAACGCAAAAUGUCCUUCGCAACCUCUGCUAUCCUUAAUUAAAAGUAUAAUGCAGAUUCUGCCUGCUCAAUACCAUAAACGAGAAAGUGUUGUUCCUAUCCUUGUCUAUAAAUUUAAAUUAGUGUAACCCGACUGAGAAAUGUGAUGAGAUCACCGGAUCUGUGGAAUUGAGGGGCUGGUGUUUUGGAGAGUUUGACCGGCUCUCCAUUAUGAAAACGGUUUGUGCAAGAAAUAGACCGGGAUUUUAAAUAAACGGCCGAAUUAUUUGGCCUUGAGUCAAUCUAUCUUUUUCCUCUUUUACUACCUUGACCUUCUAAGCGUUGUCUGUGAAUGUCGGUGGCCUCCUGCGUUGUAGGUCGUCAUCUAAAUAGGUUUCGGUUGCACCUAUGCCCCUCUUUCGAGUGAAUUAGUCGACAGGCUAUGCUGUUUUGGUAUUUUUAUGCUCUUAUGUAACCUUCUUGUCCUGGUCAUGGCGUAUGCAGUGACGCAGAACUUCAUAGGCCGCAGGAGGGUCUGGAUGCCUGUUGAUGGAUUUGGCAUCUGAGUACCAAGCCUUAAAUGUGGGGCGUCAUAAUCCCUAGCUGUCCCCGACUAAGACGACUGCUCCUUGGACGUCAAAACUGUGGCCAGUUUCUCCGAUGUGAGUCGCAAGCUGUGAGUUCGGGUCUAGUCUCCGAGUUGCCAAUUUGUGCUCGCGUAGGCGGGUCCGUCUGGUUGUCACUUGCACGCCAACCACGCCGCACAUAGACUACAAUACCUUCUGGGGAUGCUUAAUUCUCACUUAUGUCGCUCUGUAUGCAGCUGGACGUUGUCGAAUGGCUUUCUUGCCGUUCUCAUCAUUGAGCAAUGCUCAGUUCAACUAUCGGAUUCAUUCCCUGACGGUUGACGAAGCACGGCAAAUUGUUCAGUGCGACAAGAACGAGAGGGUUUAGUUAUCCUUCAUCAGAAUGAUCAUGCCUAGAAGAUGGAAAAGGAGCUCUCCUGGCAUCCACUCUCGUAUCCAAAUUGCAUAUUCGAUUUUGUACUUUAUCUCCUACGGGUUCGUAUACUCACAUGCGUGACAUUUGAAGUCUGAGCGAUAAUUGCAUUGCUCACAGACCUUUAGUGACGAAGGUAGAGUGGAAAAAGGAAUGAAGACCAGGAUACUUUUGAUGCUAUAAUCGAUUUUUUCGUAUGAAAAGUCACUAUACGUAACUGUACGGAUUAUUGUAAGGUGAUACCAUACUAGUAGAUACCAUACACUUGUGUUUUGCCGAUAUUCUGCGCUACAUGGCGCAGCUGCGAGGGGUUCGGCUCGUCAGUGGGUCCCCCAGCAUUUCCCGUCUGUUUUCUGGUAGAUACUCCAAUUGAGAAAUUGUUGCUAACGCGUCGGACCCCUCGCAGCUGCUCCAUUCAGCGACAGAAUAUCGACAAAAGACGCGUGUAUGGACUUUCGGCUAGUACCUGUGCUAUUAGUAUGGUAUCACCUUACCUUAAAGUGUAUAAAUAGCUGCCUGUCAGCAGUUAAUGAAUAUUACGCGGUUAUUCGCUGUGGCUGAUGGAUAUCGGUCCAAAUAUUCAUCAAUAAAAUUCUCGGUCUGGGCCUAUAGACCUUGAAUAAACCGAUCUACAUAAAUUUCCUAGUUACGUUCUGAGGGAAUUAAAAGGCGACAAUGCACUGAUUAAGUCUAUCUAUCUCCGACAUUUUCUGUCAUAAAUUGCGGACCUGUUAAUAACGCAUUCGCACUUGUCCCACCUUUAUUUUCUAGGGGUGAAUCGUGACUGCCUUGUUAAAUCCUGGAUUACUGAACACGUUCUCCCCCCAUACCAUCCUCUGUGUCAAUAAAGUGUCGCAAAACAACUUACGCUCGCCCCUUUGACUUUAGGAUUGUUACCCUCUUCAAACUGUCAACUGUGCGACGAAUGAUUAAUAGUAAUUCUGUUUUUGGACCUUACUAUGACUGCAUAAAAGUUUUUAUUAUUCUAAAUGCUCCGUUGAGGCCUUUAAGUACUCUCUAUCAGCGCAGGCAAAGACGGAACCACCUAAGUAGGAUUCCACUGCAAAUUGUAUUCCGGCGAGUUAAAUGUCACUACGUCCGCCCCAGAGGAUGGUGUAAUUUGGGCUUGGUUUCCGGCUAUCACAGAAAGUGCUGUAAGAAUGAAUCCAACGCACCGGCUUAGCGUACGCUGUGGUAUUCGUGUUUGGAGCCACCAAAACACCUCUUAUAAUAGUCCUUAUUGAACACGGGAUAUAAAUUUGGAGUUAAUUGUGCUCAUCUUAUGUCUAUACGGAUUUCAUUGGCUGCGCCAUUCGCCUCCGUCAGUCGAAAAGCCUCUUAAUUGUGGCUUUGUUCUCCUGUCAGUGGCAUUCGUUAGGUAUUCCUCCCUGGGGACUUACUGCUAUCACGCACACACAGCAACCGUCUUUAUUUGUCUUCCAUCUGGUCCUCGUCCGCCCAAAUUGAAUGGUCUUCAUCAAAUUGGCUUUUUCCCUUGCGCUCAACACGGCCAGCUUUCCCCGAUUUCAUGCUAUUUCUUUUUUGGACACAAAAAUCAUUUUGCCUAGUUGCCUGGUUUCACUGAAACCAACUAGCUUCCUCCCCGCACGCGCAUUCAAAGGGAUAUUAUUAAAAUUUAUAGAUGCUCCGAAAAUGUUUUGUACGACCUUACGAAGCCCCUGGUAGGAGGCUGUAUUGACACUUGUAGAAAAGUCUAAAAAUUCCCAUAAUUUAUGCUGUCGACUGCAAAUAAACCUAAAACGCCCAUAGGACGUGAACUUUCUGCUCGUAAUUUAAGAGGAAACGACGCUUACUGCACGAAAAAGCGUUAAAUGUCAGCAGAAACGCGAACGACUAGCCAGCGGGAAAUUGUGGAGACGAAGACUGCUUUUUUUCUGUCUGUAGGGCUUGUUCUCCACUCCCAGCAUCUGGUUUGUAGAAAGGGCUGUUUUUUUUCAAAAAGAGUGUCUAAUUGGAACCUCUUGUGUUUCUACGUCUAAGGAGCAUGCCCUCAGUUUUUGUAGCCGGCGAAAUCAGCUAUGAAAGCAGUUUACGCGAAUGCGAUUGAUGCAUACGACUAGCGGGUUUUAAAAUUAGUCAGAUUCUCACGAGAAUUCAUUUAAAAUUUGUUACUCGGUAGCUCACUUUUUUGCAGGGCAAAUUUUAUUUUCCGAAGUUCGUGUUUCACCCAACCCUUACCAAACUUUGGCUUCAUUGGUCACGUUAGCCUGUGUAUGCAAUACGAUAACUUUAUUCUAGGUAUUUUCAAAAUGUCUCUCUCACUUUAGGACAUUUUCCGUAGGUCCUUGGAUUAUUUGGGCAGUCUCUGCAUACUACUAUGUUGCUUCCAAAGUGCUUUCGCUAAAUCAGCUCUAGAUGUAUGAAUGACCACGUCUUAUUGGAUUGAGAAGAUCGUGGUGGUACGCUUAGGUGUGAGUUUUUGUCGUACUGGCCACUUGCACCAUCUCCCGUCUACGGUCUUUUUGACUCUGUCUUUACAUCAGGCCCGGAUGGGGGAGAAUGAGAGACUGCUAUCACUCUGAACUAAUUUACCCCGUUCCAGCUCUCAUCUUCUUAAGUCAGUUUAAGUCAUUUUAUUAAGGGAAUGAGGCUUUCGCUCUUGAGCUCCCUAUUCAUAUCGAUAAACAGAAAUAAAGUCAUCAAUUACAUCAGCAAAUGCGGAAAGUUAAAAAUUUAGCGGUAAGUGUGAACCAGGCGCAAUCUGCCACCGCUAAAACAAUCUUUAUUGUAUGUACAGUAGCUUCUCAACAAAUGAGCAUCUAGUCUACAUUUGAAGGAAUCGAUACAUUCGGAAAGAACCACUACAUCAGGGAGUCCGUUCCAUGCCCCAAUGACCCUGUGAGAGAAAGCGUUCCGUCGGACGUCCGAAUGGGCCAGCUUCCUCUGCAGCUUGAAGGAAUGACCAAGCAGGCGGUCAGUCCCAGCCAAUUCGAAGAAUUCAUCAAAGUCUAGGGCACACUCACGACCUCUGACUAUCCUGUAGGUUUGAAUGAGAUCACCGCGCAGUUGCCUGUAAUUUAGAGGAAACAGAUUUAGUUCGGUCAGCCUGGUUUCGUAAGGCAGAUGAUUAAGAUUCUUGACCAUUUUCGUAGCCAUCCCCUGUACCCUUUCCAGUCGUUGAUAAUCUUUCUUCAACCACGGUCGCCAGACCUGGACUGCGUACUUUAAGUGAGACCGGACGAAUGCCCCAUAGGUUUUCCCGAAUAGCUCUUUAUCGAUCUGCACAAAUCCUCGCCUCAGCGCAAAUAACAUCCUUAUCGCACUUUUGGUUGCCCUUGUUGACAUCGUCGGCAACGACGGUCAAACUAGGUAAGGGUGGUUAGGGAGGGUAUUCUUGACGUCAAUAGACCUGGCAUCCGACGUACGAAACUCCUACCAUCCUUAUAUGACAUAUACUCGGGUACCGACAAUGAGCUCUUCAGAGAGUUUUAUGUUGUUUUAUGUCUAGAGUAGUGCUAGGACUUAGUUUCAUGUCUACGGAAUAUCUCAAAGUAAGUUUCAAUACCAUAAAUUACCAUCCACUGUAUUUGACCAGGGGUAUUUAGUUGGUAAAUUGAUGUCUGAUUUGCAGUCCUUCGACACAAUGGUAACAGGCGCGAUAUAACCCGCAAAAACCUGCUGCCCAGUUUUAAGUAAAGUUUAAAUGCUAUCACGAGCACUAAGAAACGACUGCAGGUAGUCGCACCAAGGACAUCCAGACAGGUUACACAUACUAUUAAUAAGAAUGGGAGUAGUUACUCGUGGUGACUGCGGAGGAACUAAUCCUAGGCGCUUAUAUGGCAAGUGCCAUGAGAAGCGACUACAGAGUUCGGGCAGAUGUACGUGCUAUCGAUCAACAACUAGAGCUCUCUGACCGUUUAAAGCAGUGCUUAUUAAAUGGGCUGCCAAUACAGCGUAUCGUCUUCUAUUUAUCUUUGAAUGCUUAUUGGUCGUUCACACAGCAGGCUGCGUCUGAUGUCCCCAGCAUGUUCCCAGUUCUCUCCUUUUAUGUUUACUUACUGUCGUGUCUUUUAAAUCUAAAGCGCUAAUUUUUUUUGUGGUACCGCUUUGUGUGAGUUUGACUCGAUCACUGGAGCCAGGAGAUUCGUCUGCCUAACGCUACCUAAUUCAUGCUCAAGUUCUACAUCGGGCGUGGCAGAAGACAGCCCGUCAAUACACAGAGGACGCAGCACUUGUCAUACUAUGUCAUACGCAGACAGUGUAUAUAAGCGAAGCGAUAAGAAUCUUGUCCGCCGCGUUCCUGUCGGUAAUUGCACGAUUUUCAUCAUCGGUGUCAGUGAAUGACAUCACAUCAAUAGGAGUAAUGUUCACUCGCGCACUGUCCAUGUUUUAUUGAUCGUCUUACUCGGAAAAAUCCUUAUCGCUGGAUAGAGAGGAUUAAUCCACGACAUCUGCUCACGGAAUGCGGGCAGAUGAAUCAUGAUUCGAACAACUGACAAGCCCGCCUUACGAACACAUAGGUUAGGAAAUCCCAGUCCAGAGACAAAUUCAUUGUUAUCGUGUCUUUUUUCUGAAUUUGCCGGAUCUAGGACACAUGCCGUGGAGUCCGGUUUCCCGGUCAACCUAAAUGGCACAAGAAGGUUGCAUCCGGUCAGUGCGCAAUCUAAACUCUAAGUGGCGCGCGAGAAGGCGUCUUACAACUUCCUAGACGUGCCUAGCAUACUAGAAGCUUCGUCAAAUUAGGUUUUAGCGCUGUUUGGUUUCCCGAUUCCUCUUCGUAAUUGCCGGUUGAUAUAGUGGCACGUAUAGCCGAAACCUCUUAAAAGAUUUCGGACCAUGAAAGGCAACUUGGUUUGUGGAUUUCUUGUUCGCCAUGUAAGAAUUAGGGGAGUACUAAGUGUCUGGUCUUAGCCUGCGUCCACCGUCAUCUUCGGUCUACUUGAAAUCACCUUUCACUUCCUCGUAUUUGAGCUGCUUUCUUGUGAAAGUCCACCGUAAUGAGAUACAUCCAUACUGAUGAUGGAUUCGAGUAGGAAUCCGAAACAUCAGGCUAAUAAAGCUCUUGUCCCGGCAAUCGUGUCUCCUUCUUCAACACAUCCAUAUUAACAAUAAGAACGUGCUAAAACACGAAAAAGGGCUGGUGAAGCAUAAGAAUUGGAGUCCCUGCUCCCAAAAAAACUUGUUUUGCGCAAAAUUCCCGUAUUCUAACCCCAGUCAUAACACUAAUCGUAAUACCAAUCGUCAUCUCCAUGGGAACUAGCGCAGCACCCCGAAAAACGGAGUUCUUCCUCCAAUCUUUCCGAAACGUUUGGAAAGAAAUCAUUAGGCGCACUUCAAUAUACAUGAGGGACAUAUAUACGCGGCAGCAAAAGUCAAGCGCCGUGCUUUUCACAGAUUGCAACGCGUCAGGAGAGGGUAGAGACUCAAGCAUUUCAACUGCUGUUGCUUGCCUGUCUUUCAGAAAUAAGUAGGGUGGGGAUUGUUGUCACUAGUCUCCUACGAGCUAACCCUGUCCAUCAAGGUGAAGAGCUUGCUCUCAUGUGUUACCGGUCAAUUGCCUGUCAAUGGCUCUGCUCUGAUAAUCGACUAUGGCACCCAACAACUCAGAAUCGCGUUUAUUUCACACCGAAAAUAAAUAUAAAAGAGAUCUCAUUUGAGUGUAGAAUUUGCCUCUUGGAAGUAAUAUAACAUAGUGUAUCCCCUAGUAAGCGCGCAUACUAUUCACUAGAUUAUAUCCUUAAGUGUUUCCAAUGUCAUAUGUAAUAGUGAACUUGCUAAACAUGCCUGCGCAUUCACACGUCUAGUUGCGUAUUUAUGGACACCUACCAAGCUGUUAGGCUUUCUAGGUGUGCACUCUAAGAAUAUUCGUCGAACAGUAGGUUGUCGUUUCCAUACACGUGAAUGUCAUCGUUUUUCUUGGCCUAUAUCUUAACACCCAAAGUCUAGAUGAUUUUUUCCCGCAGUCACUAGUCCUGGCGAGAAAUUGUGGAAAAGGGAUUGCGCUUUACUCGCUUGUGCACGUUCAUUGUUCGAUCAAAGGUUUAUUUAUUUCCAGGACUUCGAUUUCCAAAACCAUCUGGACAGGAUGUGCUGCCCCUGCAAGGAGAUUCUAAAAUUUGUCAUCAUCUUCGUCAACACACUUCUCGGCGUAAGUUGAUCACGUUCACCUACCUUACCUAUUAUUGCCGGAGAUAUAUGCCAAUAAGUAAUACAGCCAGGGACAAGAGAGAUUGGGAUGUACAUGCCAAUUAUCCGCAUGUACCACUGCUCGCUAAGUGAGUGACCUAUCUAAUGAAAUGUUGACUGAAAUUCUGAAACGUGUUUUUGAUUAGGAAGGAUUACUUAGGCGCGGUUGUAAUAAUAACUAUCUUGCGGCAUAAUCGUAUAGUAUUUCGGAUUUGGCAGGAUGUCGGCUUUUAAACACACUGCUUCUUAAUCUCUUGUAAAGAACGUACUCGGUAAAAAAUGACUACUUAAGUAGCAUGCAUUUUUCUCAUUGAUUUUCGGUGGCCUUGCAGAUUCAAAUAUAUCUUAUAGAAACCAUAAACAAAAAUGCGCUUUCUUUCAGACAAUUAAUAGAGAAUUACGUCUUUUUAUAUUUUUUAUUCAAGCAAGGAGUUUAAUUGGGUUUUAAAAAAUUGUCCAAUUCCCGAAUAUCUAUGAGCCAGAUCUGCCAUUGCAUUAGUGUUUAGCGAUUUCAGUUUACAAGGUGCAUGCUUUCUACGUUAGGAAAAUCACAUAUUUCUCUAUGCGUUUAGGAAGAUACCAUAUAGAGUUUAUAAAAUUUUGCAACGGAUCCGGACUAUGUUGUACAUUUCACGAGGAGCUGUCAUAAACGGCCAGGCACGAUGCUAUGUGAAUGGAUAUUGCGCGGUCUAAAAAAUUCCCAUAAUUAGAAACUUUUUUACCACCUAAUUAUACUCCUAUCUUGAAUAAAAAACAUAAAGAAGACGUAAUUCUCUAUUAACUGUCUGAAAGAAAGCGCAUUUUUGUUUAUGGUUUCUAUAAGAUAUAUUUGAAUCUGCAAGGCCACCGAAAAUCAAUGAGAAAAAUGCAUGCUACUUAAGUAGUCAUUUUUUACCGAGUACGUUCUUUACAAGAGAUUAAAAAGCAGUGUGUUUAAAAGCCGACAUCCUGCCGAGUCCGAAAUACUAUACGAUUAUGUCGCAAGAUAGUUAUUAUUACAACCGCGCCUAAGUAAUCCUUCCUAAUCGAAAACGCGUUUCAGAAUUUCAUUCAACAUUUCAUGAGGUAGGUCACUCUCUGUAUAUCAUCCUUGAAUACAUAUUAUAUCAGCUAUUCUAUAUAUACAUAUAUAUGCAGCAUGUUAUUAACGACAAAGACAAGAUAGACAGUAAUGGCCAUUUCUGACUUAUUAACCGUCGUUAGCCAGUCAUACCCAGCCCCGAAGUGUCGAACACCUGGAGCUCGAACUCGCAACCUGUUAGGUAGACGUCUAACGCCUCUAGCCACUGACCCACGGGCUCACUGUCUUGGCGGUUGCGAUUGCAGAUAUACAAUGGCAUAGGGGGUGCUCACCGACCAUGGUACGGAACUUCACUCGUUCUGUUGUGCCUUAUGGACUCUCUCUCUCAAGCCCAACCAGCAGCCACACAGCGGCGCAUGAUAUUGGCAGAAUGAUAUUACGGACAAAGACAAGGGAGACUGGAAUGGCCAUUUCUGGCUUAUUAACCGUCGUCAGCCAGUCAUACCCAACCCCGAGAUAUGCAGCCCUCAUAAGGGUGAAUUUAUUGACCUAUUGCAAUCUUGAUAGGUCUCAUAAGACAGCCAAAAAGACGAUAUUUGAGUAAGUGUUGUUUGGAGUCCAUACUAUAGACUCCCUUUAAUCCGCAGCACAUCCCUACCUGAAGUCCCACAUUUAGCGACGAGGUAAUUAUUUGCACAGAAUCGCGCAUCAAGUGCAUCCCUCCAUAUUCAUCUCUGGUUAGUUCUACCUUGUUUUCUUUUGCAUAAAUAAACGUAAACAUUCCAUGCAACUCAAACGGCUUCUUUUGUGAUAGAGGCCAAAGUCAUGCGAUUUGGAUGUCGCUGGAUAUGAAAAGCAGCAUGCAGUGAUAAAAUAAUGGGCUUUAAAGUUCACAAGACCUCACUUAAGUAGUUGUUUCCCUCUAAAAGCACAUUUAAGACACUCAGUUAUUGUCUCAUACGUUCUGAUGCUUGAUGUAAAUUCCGAUCAGUUAGCCACAACCAAAAAAGAAGAAGAAUAUGAAUCGCAUCCGCAGCACUAGCGCUUACUUAUCUUCGACGAAUAUUCGUAACUGCGUAGGGCCCUUCUCGUGCCCUUCAGCCUGCAAACUUGUUUGCUCGAGGUGUGGCCGCGUUUAUUCUAUAUUUACCCCGCGUCCCUCGUUGCCUUUUGCCAUCGGAGUCGCGUCCGGAGGCUGUAAAUGCCUAUGGCACAGGACGCUUGAAGUACUCUGUCGAAUAACAACGCCCUCCCCUGUCCUACUACCUCGUCACAGUGCCUUGCUGUUCGGGUGGCGGCACAAACCCCCGUCACGUGACUGGCCUCGGGGAGGCCGUCACUUGCUCGGCCUGCCAGGCGUUAUUAGUGGGGGUGUGGACUUUGUUCCGUUGCUUGUAUGUCUCUCUGCGGCGGUUUGUACGUGUACGCGUGCGUGCGUGCGGUUGUUCACACGAGUAGCUGUCAGGACCCAGGCAUUCACGUGGACGUGUUCGACCACCGUCGUCCGGCUAACAACCAUACGUUCGGUCUCCGCUAGUUUGGCUUAUGACUACUCCCACACACCCUCUGAAACAGUUCUCUGAAGCAACGACAAGAGCUAAAAUGCAGUGCAUGAGAAGGCGGAAAAUCAGGAAUAUUAAUUAUCUAAGCCUUCACUUUGACCUAACUGUCAAAACCUCGGUGCGUCGGUGGGAUUCGAACCCAGGACAGCAAGGGGAAGGCUUUAGUACAGCCAACGUUCUACCCGCCUGAGCUACGAGGCCCCACCGGGCGAUGCCAGUUUAAUUGCAUUUGGGUCAAGCUUACCUGCCCAGCUUACUGAAACGUCUGGAUCCACCAAAUCGGAUACAGUAAGCUGACUGCCCAAGCAGGCUUUCCUAAGUAAUACGUCUAGAAUCUACCAGAUUAGUACAAGGCGCAUGUAGGUGAUAGGUGUUAUAGCAGAUUUCAAAUAAUUCAUUUUGACUCAAUUGUGAAAACUCGGUGCCUCCAAUUCUUCUUGGUGCAAGUUUACUCUGGUGCUAACCGACGGCUUUGUGGUAUAUUAGACUGUCCACUGCGGUAAAUGCCCAAACACUGGUUCUGCAGUUUAGCAGUGUCAGAACAUAACUAUUCGCCAGUCUUAUACGUCGUUCUUCUUAAUCCCAAUCAUAUCGAUGACUUUAUAUGGUACUGACAUUCUCAGGAAGGCCGGCAUGUUAUGGGUGGUCUGUGGAACUAUGCUGAGGGAUGAGGCUGUGGGUGUAAGUUAGUCAGACCUCAGUUUUAAGAAAUUUAAUCAAGGAUUUGAGGACAAAACCGGCUGCCAGGUCCUGUUGUUAAUCCAAGAAAACCAAUGAAAGACCCGAGUCUAAAUUGUCUUUUUCUUUAGGUAUUCCUUGUUUGUAAUGCUGGAGCAUUUAAAAUACUCAUGCAAGCCUACUCGCCACUUAUGCAACCCAAUCGUUCUUAUCGGAGUAGAAAUGGCGCCAGGAAUAAAGCCAUACAUCCGCAGAUCUCUUUUCUCAUUAGUGGGCAUUGGACUUAUCUUAAAAUUACCUAGUAGUUGAAGGUUUGGUGCCCGUGAAUGUUCUCUGUGCGUCAGUUGCCCUGCCAUGGAAGUUCCCUGACACCUGGUUUCUUGAUGGUACAUGCACUUGCGCUCCCGCUGCGUAUAAAGGUGAUGAGCAUGACUGCCCAGUCAUCAUCUUCGUUCUUCUGACCCCUGUUGGGGUGUUGUUGCUGCUACUGUUGUUGUUGGUGGUGGUGAAAAACCUGGCCAUUUGCUGUGCGGACCAGAGGGUAUGGAGCGGAACGCCAAGCUGCGGGCUCUGCCACGCCACCCACCUGCGCCCUCCCCGUCUUCUUCGUUCUGUCUUGAAACCGAGUCCAAUUGGGGAGUGGGAAAGCGAGAGUGAGGUAGGCGCUUCGCAGGUCCACCAUCACUAUAAGCUUAUUCACGCUCGAGUCACCGUGUCUAUUUCACCUUUCAGUAGAUGUAGUCGACAGCGACUGUCGAACUGUUGUGUGGCACCUUAGUCCCAUUCACGACUAAUACAGUUCGGCCGAGAGCUGUUCACUUUUUGCCGUCGGGGCUGUCGUGUUGUUUAUCAAUCUGGAAUUUGGGUCUGACUUGCUGGUGAUAGUCAACACAUCGCAAAAGGUCAUUUCAACUUCCCGGUCUCCAGCAACGCCGUUCUGGGUCAUUAAUUAUUUUCUUCCGCUUUCUGAUAGUUCGGAAAUAUUCGAGCCUCCUCCCGAAGCCAAAACGGGAUUAUUUCACCCAGCUUUGAGAUCAGAUUUCAUCCUGUGGUAUGAACUUACUUCACGACGAUCCUGGUCAGAACUUGGUCUGCAAACAGGUGUUCUCGGAUUUGGUUGAAAUUCGCGUAGUGCAUUUUGUUAGUGAAAAAAGACGGCAGGUGGCAGGCACAUCUGGCGUUGGCAAAGGUAAAUGGCCAUUUUCUUCAUGAUGCCGACCGUCUAGGCGGCUGAUUGCACCCUCUCCCACGCCCCGAGUGGGUUGCAUGACUGUCCUUCUUAGCUGGAAGCGGGUGCACACGAGAUUAUGGCAAGUGCAAUUCGGACUGCAAUGAAUGCGCGUAAUUACCGAAAUGUUUUCGAGAAUUUCCGUGACACCGGUUGGACGAAGGCUCGCACCAGGCAAGGACUCAGCACUUGUUUACCGAAUAGGAGAGGGAAGGCAGAGUACGCCUCAUCCAUGGGCAUCCUUAAUUAUGACAAACUAGCACAUGUAUUAGAAAAGGCACGGCGCGUUUCAAUUCGUCACGAUGCAUCUCUACAAGUCGUAAUUUCAGACGGUGACGGUAACUCGCUGCACAGUCAGAAUGGUCAUAAAACAGAAAUAACUACUUCUCAUAUUGCCUUAAAUUGCACCUCUUACGAAUGUGUGAUUCCAGUCCAUAUGUAGCUUCCGCAAGACUUCAGCUCACGUUCGUCACUUCACCUAAUCUUACUCUCACUCGUCAUGUCUGAAACGUGAUCAUUGAUAUUAGUGAAAGGAGGGAGGAGAUGAUGUCCAACUAACUCGGAUGCGACGCUUCACUUCUCAUUAUUUAGACAUUGAACGCAUUUUCAGCAAUCAGUACUCGCUAACGGUUGUGACUUUCAGAGUUAUAUUCAGACGGAAUACUUUGUUCCUAAUCCAGCCUGGUACCUCUUACUCCCGUGAUAUUCACACGUUCAGCUGGCGAUGAUGCCGUGUAUGGCAGGCGUACACAAACUGUAAAAUCUGGUCAGCCAGUGCGAUGAGAUCCUCUUGCUGUCGUUUUGACAUGAAGCUGUACAAUGGUCCUGAGCGUUCACAGAUAGUUCUUACGGAACUCACUCAUUCCGGUGUGCCUUACGGGCUCUCUAUCUCGAGCACAACCAGCAGUUGCACUGCGGCGCAUGAUAUAGGCUGAAUGCGAUUACCGACAAAGACAAGGGAGACUGGAAUGGCCAUUUCUGGCCUAUAAGCAUUCGCCUAGAUCAUGCACCACUGUGCGGCUGCUGGUUAGGCUCGAGAGAGAGCCCGUAAGACACAACGGUCGGUGAGCGCCGCGUAGCAUUGUAUGUUCCCGAUCGAAAACCGACAGAGCAACGGGCCCGUGGUCCCGUUGAUAGACGCGUUGGAUUUCUAACUAACAGGUCGCGAGUUCGAGCCUCGGGUGUUUCACAAUUCGCGGUUGGGUAUGACUGGCUGACGACGGCUAAAAAGACGGAAAUGGCUAUUCCAGUCACCCUUGUCUUUGUCAGUAAUAAUAUGAAGUUGUAUUUGGUAUAGUUAGCGCAAGCCCAUUUUACUCUAAGCGAGUAGCAUGCUUUUCAAGCUGGACAACCGUGGUUUUCAUCGCUGGCUGUGGACGAAAUACCAACCACGUCCCCCUCCUCCCCACUCGACCUUGACUGAGGUCUUAACCUCGAGGCUGAACGAAGUCACAGAUAUGUUUGGUCUACCGUAACAGAGCAGACUUGGAACUGUAAGCCACUGAUACGGAUUUAAACGUCGUCACCAUUCCAAAUUUCCGUAUAUCUCAGGCACGUGACUGAGUUAUGCUUGAGUCGCGACACAAAAAUAGUCACUGUAGGUCCUUGACCAUUCCCAUCGGUGUCUACUUCCGUCACUCGUCCACCUUCACUUAGCGGUUAUGGAAAAAACAUCUUGUGUAGUGUCCUUACGCGACCACCUGAUUUGAUGAAAAUUCCGAGACCUCGGGGUUUGAUGAAAGCGUGGUCAUAAAGGAGCCAAUGGACAGCCACAUUUACGAAGGCCACUUUUAUCACUUUUUACUGUGAGUGACUAGGCAAGUUGCUGCCGCCUUGGAUCACAGUCCUUACACUGAAGAUCCACCAAGUGGUACUGAGACCUGACUCUUCAUCGUAUUGACUUUGGUUCACUAAACGGCAAAUGCAACCUGAGUUAAAUUCGUCUUUAGUAUUCGGGGUUUACUUGUCCCAACUCUAUUCAAAAGAUGGUCGUGCGUGUAACGUAUAGUUUCCUGCCAGCCAUUUGCCUGAAAGUUUGAUUCAGGUUCAAUGUGGGCGUUAUAGGAAGACUUCAUAGGACAGACUUCAUUAAGGACUUUAUUGUGUAUACUACUAUGAGGCCUUGAGCAGCUGCAACUUAAUCGUUCCCAACGCUGCUACAACCACCCUUUUCACCGAACCCAUAAAUUGCGAGGGGUAGCAGGACCCAAUGCCGUACUGCUGGAGGAAGGGGAGGGGAGGGAGAGGAGGAGAGUCUCCAUUUGCCCGUAGGGUUUUGAUAAAAUUGUCCCUUUUAUCCACCGCCUAAUCUCGUGUAGCUUUCGCAUUUUCAUCACUGCACUCAUUCCAUCCACGGGAAUUCUUGUUGUUGUCUAUGUUGCAUGUGGGCGCGUCACUCAGGCUGAUGGCUGCAUAAGCGAACACGACGUAGAGCGCCUCCGACCCGUCGGUACGCAUGUACCUCGAUUAUAUGGUUUGCCGAAAAUCCACAAAGAUGGCGUACCGGUUCGUCCAAUCCUUGAUAUGAGGAACUCGCCGUACCAUGCAAUAGCGAAAUGGCUGGCGGAAAAACUUAAGCUUCUGCAGUAUCAACUAGCGUCACAUAGCUGUCGAGAUACUUUUGAAUUCAUUAACGGCGGGAAAGACUUCUAUCUGAACGAAAUGGUCAUGUUUUCAUUAGAUGUCUCGUCCCUUUUUACGAACCUACCGGUAACGGAAACGGUCAACUACCUUUGUGAGUUUAUUACCGACAAUCAAAAUGAUAUAGGAAUGCCAGUGAAUGACCUCAAGGAAUUGUUAUUGAGGUGUACCUUGAACGUGCAGUUCCUAUUCGACAACAAUCUAUAUAGGCAGAUGGACGGCGUAGCAAUGGGCUCACGCCUUGGCUCGCUUUUGGCGAAUAUAUUCAUGGGAAAGUUAGAAGCUUUCCAGCUACGUCAGCAGAUCAACGGUUUAAGAUACUAUGGGCGGUACGUGGGUAAUAUAUUCGCGAUUGCACUGAAACUAAGUGACAUCUCAAUUCUGCUGGAUGACAUAAAUCCGGCGCACCCAUCAAUACAGUUCACUCUGGAAGAAGAACAGUCCGGUUCACUUCCCUUUCUGGAUGUGCUUCUGAGUAGAAGACCUGACGGCAGCAUUCGACGCAGCGUCUAUCGCAAGAAAACGUGGUCCGGACAAUACACCUAUUUUGGGAGUUUCGUAUCGCUAAACGUUAAACGUAAUUUAGUCCGGUGUUUGACAGAAAGAGUAGGAGGAAUCUGCUCAGCUGAUAGCGUUGAGAAAGAGCUGAAAAUCAUCGAAAGCCUCUUUCGCCAAAACGGGUAUCCUGAUCGAUUCUUUGCUAAGAACAUGGCCGAAAGACCGCAAAAGCCCCCGAUACUGACGGCAAGAAAGAAAAGGCCUUUUAUCAGGGUCCCAUUCCAAGGGGAUGCACAAAGUGAGCUCUUAAGAAGACGCCUUACUCAAGCUGUCUCACAGACCUUUCCAGCAGCUGACACGCGUGUACUGUUCUCCACCAGUCCCAUCCUAUGCGGAGAGGGCAAGGACUAACUAUUAACUCGGACCACCUCUAUGUGUAUUUACUUCUUCACCUGUUCCUUUGGGGCGGAACAUAUUGGUCGCACGAGCCGGCGGUUAUCCAAAAGAAUGAAAGAACUUCUCCCAGCAUGGUUAGGAAAGGGACAAAUAAAGAAUAUCAACAGCUCGAUCCUCGCGCACAUGGUAGACACAGACCACCGUGUAGACGCCAGAGAGGCCUUCAGAGUGAUUUACAAGGUCCCAUCAAGCUAUCCAAAACUGCUUGGGCAGCGCUUGUUGGCUACGGCAGAGGCGGCUGCAAUCAGGCUACGCCGACCGGUCCUAUGCGCACAGAAGAACUUUGUACAGGUCCCACAGUUACCAUGAUUCAAAGCCACCAAGCCAACCACCCGCACGUAAUUACCUUCGCCGGGACCCACCUUCUCCCGGGCGCUGAAUGGAAUUGUGGUGUUUCACUCUCCCCCUCCCCUCCCCUCUCCAAAUUCGAGCUACAGCUUAAUUAUCUACUCGCCCGUAUCUUUUAAUUCAUUACUUCAAUGGCCAUAUAAAUGUACAGGCCUGAAGAGAAUUUAUCGAAAGCAGACGUAUGCUCGCCAAAUUGCCUUUUGGAUUUUACAAUGGGAAUUUUCGCAACUCGGGCUGACAUGAUUGUUUCAAGUCUACAGGCAUUAGAGAAUUUAAUUUGCACUUAUUUUUUUUCUGGGCUGAUUUCCUCCGAGUGCACCAUCCACUUAGGCAUUAAACUGCCUUUUUCAACAGCCGACUGGUUAAACUUCGUUCGGAGGAGCCGCUGUGAAAAGGCAGAUUAGGACCAGCUGACCAGUCGCGUGAAUAGCGUCUCAGGGGAAAAAAAUAAAACUUCCAGGCCUAUUUUAGUAUCCCCUGGACGCUGUAUGUUUGCUUUGAGCAAACCAGAAGACCGAACAAAACGCAGCUACUUCUGUUGCUCGUCAAGUGUCAUUGUGUUUUAACUGUUCAACGUUGCAAGCGGUUCACAAAGUGGGGGUUGUUUUAUUUGGAGAGAAAGCUGGUUCAAGACGCAGCAAAAGAAAGAUAACGGAAAAAGAAAUAGGAGGACUAAGACCAAGAGGCGACUAGCAGUCAUAGCGUUCCUUCUAUGCAUGCAUUAUAAAUAAGUGCGGAGACCGUUAGGGCGGAUUUAUUGGUGUCUUCUAGGGGGCAACGAUGGCUUUGAUGUUUGAUCGUAGUCAUCCCAACAGCGGUAAACCACACUAAAUUCAAGAACUGAAAACACGAGACCUUACAGUAUAUACCCGUCCCGAUGCAAAGACAUAACAGAACGAUGGCUGUAAUCAUAUUAGUCAUUGCAUUUAUCCUAUUUACUCCUAUUUGAGUUCGACCUUCCUUGAGGAGGACUGGGUAUGCAUCGAUUUCAUGUUUGGGAAGAAAAACGUGCUUAAAGUCUCACUGCAAUUGCGCAAAGUCACAGGGGGGAAUUAAUCACAGCCGGAUGGACUCACCUGCUCCGGGCUUAAUAUACGUGCUACAGUGGACAGUAAAUAAUCACAUUAUAAAAGGCUCCUCUCCAAGUCGCAUCCUGAUCUAAUAUCGAGGAAAACGCUCGCCUGCGAGCUGGUGGUUUUCAAAGCCAGCAAUCGCAUUAUUAGAUGUUGGAGAAAAUCUCUCGUUCUUCCUGUCUUAACCGUUUGUAAGUAAGCAGACCAGGUAAAAUGACUUCAGGUAGGUUUGGUAUAAGCGCGCUACAACGACUUUGCUGAUUGGCUGCGGCAGGUGAACCCUAUCUCAUCGAAACAGUCCGUUUAACACUGAAUAUGGACUUGCAGUUCAGUAAAUAAAAUAGGAUAGUAUCGGUGAUAAGGAGUGAGCCAGAUGCCGCGCAAGCACUUCAUAUUACAGUCGAAUUUAUGCACACAUCCUUCGCAUCAAGCCCCGUCCCUCUGAUAGCAGCUCACAGACGUGCUAGUCCACCUCAACCCGGAUUGGCCUCAUGUUCUCUGCAAUGGUUAAUUCCCCCUAAGGAGUUGAUCUUGGGUAUGGAAUCGAUGAUGGGUUUUUUUAACCCUAAACGUAUGCAUGGCUGAAUAGAGACCUUCAAAGACAGUAUACCUGAUCUCUUUUCACUUACACUCUAAGCAGACGCAAACGGAACCCUGUUACAGAGCAUAUAGUUUUCCACCUCAUGUGUGCAAACUUGGAACUAACUGACUUAAGAACGAUCAUACAUCAGCCGGCACCAGGAGAAUCCAUACUGACUGGUUCGCCCAGAUAGCGUCUGUGGAUCAAACUUGGGGAACGCUAAAUGGAGCUCCCGAUGUGCAGCUUGUUAAUGUUGAGUCCGAAAUUUUGCCGUCUCCCAGGGUCGCAUUCUUGGGCCUGUCUUACCUGCUCGUCGUCUACUUUGAUUCAAACCGCUCACCGGGGAUUCCACUUCGCCAAAUAAUACUAGCAACCCUAAUAUCAAUGACCCUGCCCAUGCAGACUGAAGAGUCUCAGUCGACUUCUGCGACAAUAUAACCGCGACCCUCGGAGCACCUGAUUGCUUCCCAAUUCACAAUCAUAAACUGAUAGAGUUAGCCAUCGUUGAUUGAGGCGAUCAGUUCAUUACCCAUGCCAUUGGUUCCAUUAUCCGCCUCUGCGUGUUACCAAAGUAGGUUUUAAACCAAUAGGGACAGGCGGACCCCGGUACAGGCGAACUAUGCCGCCUGAUCAGGGUAAAUGCCUCCAGCCGGCUACAAUGACCUCCCAUAUACCAACGUGCCGUGCAAUGGCAGAAGAUAAAGUGGACAUCGUUGAACGCACAUGUUUGUCAAACCGUAUUCUGGAGAGCAACUUUUAGCCAUGGUCCAUUUCUGUUGUUCCCGAUGCGGCUUUGGGUAAGAUUUAGCUGCCGCCUUCGGAACCGUCGAUCGUUAGUGGUCAUAUUUAUACGCAUGUAUGUAGAGGCAGAAUGUUAUUACCGACAAAGACAAGGGAGACUGGAAUGGCCAUUUCUGGCUUAUUAGCCGUCGUCAGCCAGUCAUACCCAACCCCGAAGUGUGGCACACCCGAGGCUCAAACUUGUAACCUGUUAGUUGGAAAUCCAACUCCUCUAACCACUGGGCUACGGGCUCGUUGUCCUGUCGGUUUCGAUCAGGAAUAUACAAUGGUAGAGGCUCGCUCACUGAUCGUUUCUACGGAACUCACUCGUUCCGUUGUGCCUUACAGGAUCUCUCUCGAGCCCAAAGAGCAGCCGCACAGCGGCGCAUGAUAGAGGUUGAAUUUUAUUACCGACAUUCAGGCCUGUGCAAUAAUGUACGUCGCUACGAGGCAGUGAAGGAUAAAAACAGCCUGUGUACAAGAGACAAGCCAAAUUCCCACGCCUGCUGAUACUUGCGACAGCAGUAAUGUUGGCCAUAGGCUUACCCAAACCGGUCCUAUGCACGCAGAAGACAUUCUUUCGGGCUAAAUUUUAAUUCCAACACCGCUACGCCCUACCGUGUUACGCUGCAGCAACAGAAAACGGACAUCUCAAAAACAACCUUCCCAUCCCUUGUCUAGAGUCCCUACACACCACUUAACCCCUCCCCCCACCUCACCCUUCUGUCUUGCCAUUGUUUUCCACCUGUCACUGGUCCCAGCGUGGCACAUACUUUCGCGUGCGUUUUGGACAAAACCGCUGAGAAUAUCUGUUAGCCGCUUGAUCUAUGAAAAAAUAUCAAAACUAGUGACCGAAGCCAAGUAUGCAUAUUCUUUUUGGUUCCGGUUAUUUGCAAACUAAGUGCAAUAAAGCUGGUUAUGCCACUGGCUGUUCGACUGUCGUUGCCGACGAUAUCCACCGCGUGUUUCUCAGUGAGGUGAAUCGGCACGGUGACUUGCGCUUGAUUUACUUUAGAGUGAGUCUGGGCUUGCUUAGCGUCUACCGCACUCUCUCCAUCUCCCCAACCUGGACCUGGUGUCAACACAGAGUUAAGAACACUGGAGGUGCGGGAAGGCGCAGGUGGAUGGCGCGGCAGAGCCUGCGCCUAGGCGCUCCAUUCCACAUCACUGUUCCGCUAGUAUCAAUGCGACCGACACAGGGUCGGACAAUCCGCCUCGUUUGUUUUGCUAGCAACUGAUAAAUGUAACCAAACCUCAGUCCGUUUCCCAAUCGUUCUUCCCAUUACAGCACGGAUAUUCAACUUUCUAUUUGUAGACUAUCGUCAGUGUGUACAUCACUUGCAUUUGACUAUGUUUUAUGCAUCUUAAAAGAAUCUUUUGCGAAAUACUCACGAACAAUCGAAGGAAGUAAUUGUGUUAAACUAACUAUCUUACAGCUUUCAUUUACGUGUGAUCUUAUUUCGUAGCCGCACCUGUUAGAGUUCAGGGCCAGGGGUUGGUGCUAGGGGUUAAGGUUAGGUGUUAGUCUAAAGGCUAGGGAUUCGGGUUAUGGGUUAGUGUGGGGGGUAGUGUUGGGGGGGGGGGGCUUGGAGUUGGGGUUAGGGCUUAGAGGUUAGUGUUAAACCCUCUACUUCCACCGGUCCCGUAUGAUAGACGACUGGGGCUUGUUUACUGCAGGUGCGGCCGCGAAAUAAGAUCUGACCUACAUUUCUUCUAGCGUUUCCGUGUUGUUAUUUAAGGCAGUAUGGACUAAUUCUUCUCAAUUAUUUCACUCUUCCAGUUUGGAUUCCUCUUCCUGGCCCUUCUCGGUGUAGUAAUGCUAACGGCACCGGAGUUCCUGCGAAAAAUCAUCGACUGGUUCCUCUACCGGUUUGCCGUAGACGAUGAGCUGAGAGCUAUCACAACAUUCAUCAAGGAUAACUUCAGUAAGUCUGCUCUUCUCACCCUAUCCUUGACAGUAUAAGCUCUCUCUCCCAACUGACGAUUGCUGACGGCUCAACCGCACAAUCGCAAUUUGCGAGCAUUCUCGAAGGCUGGUUGUGCUUCCUUAUUGACCGAAAUUCUUUUUUAUGCUGUCAGAUUUACAAGCCAGGCCGACUUAGUGGUCACAAUGGGUUGUUUUUAGUUGUGGACUAUGGUUAUGCUUGCGGUUGCAGUGAUCCAACUUGAUUUUAAAGCCAGCCUGGGCAAGAGCUUACUUCGUGGCCGCACCUGUAAGAAAUUAGGAUUAGGGGUUAGGGUUAGAGGUUGGGGUUAGAGGUGAGGGGUUGUGAUAAGGGCUUGGGGUUUAGGUGGUUAGGCUGGUGCUUGUCAACUGCAGGCACGGCUACAAACUGAGAUCCGACCCCAGUAGCGUGUUUACAGUAAUCAACCACUACAAAGGGAGUUGGCAUUUAACACGGUAAUAAGCUAUUCCUUUAAUAUUUUAGGGCUUCACCGCUGAAUAUAGUCAGCAGGAUGAUUAAGGCUUUUGUCCCGACCGAAGGCUAAUCCACAUCUUGCCUCUUAUUCAUUCCCGUGAGCUUUCUCAUCACUUCUUUGGGAAUCCAAAGCAGUGGACAGUCUAGCCAAGAACGCUCAAACGAGACAAGCAUCUAUGGACACUGGCACGCAAAGUUUGUUGCAGCCUCUUGAAGCCAAAGACAGGUGGCUGAUAGUCUAUAAACUGAACUGUAAAGUCUUUUCUCCAGCCAAAUUCAACUUCAGACUAAUAUUGGCAGUCAGUAGGGGCAGGAAAUACUAGGUUCCGGUAGUAUGUGGGAAAAAGACGGCAACUUAAUUGUUGGCACAAGAAGUACAUUUGCUCAGCAACUGAAAUCCACACCAAGACCAAUCGAAAGAUGCCACAACGGAUCCAGGUAGGGAUUCAAGCAUGAGUCGCAAUAAAAACUUCAAUUUGCCGGAGCUACUUGUUUUAAUUAGUACAUAAUCGCAUGCUAAUUGCAACCCUUGUGAGUUCAUUGCCCUAAUCUCUUGCUGUCUCCCGCGAUGUGUUCGAGCGUGAAUCCUAGAGGCUAUUCGCCUUAAAUUCUUGUUUUAGCAAUUAAGUCACCUUUUUGGUCUUGUCUGCCUUGAGACCAAAGUCCUUGAAUGAGUUCGGGUUCCCUCUUAGUGCAUUUUAGCCCAUAAAUUGGCAUAUUCGUAUUCAUUUCAAUAUGGACUUGUAUCUUAAAUGAGAUCAAAAAGUCUCAGACAUCGCAGCUACUCGCACUCUAACUCAGCGUUGUUUUUUAAGGAAGACCCACACAAGCCUUACAUUUCGACCGGUUGAGAGUAUAGCUUGAACUUGCAGUAGGAAUAUUUUUCCAUUUAUCUUUGAGACUCAAGUCAGGCAAGUUCUUAUUUCUAGACGCGUUUUUGGAACUUUGAUUUCUCAUCGUCCUUCAGCAAGAAGGUACAGCAAUAGCAAAUCCAGUUCUUGAUGCGGUGAAUGUUUGAUCAUUGGAAAGUCCUAGUGCAAGCAGUCCUUUGCUGAACUACCAGAGAAGAAUGUUGCUCUAUAGUUGUUCCCUGCGUCCUAAAAGAAAAUUCACACAAGGCAAUGCAACCUUUCUUCGGGACCUAAAGCGGGCUUAUUAAAUCCGAAACUAGUAGACCAGUCUGAAUAUUUGUGAAGAUUUUACGUAGGACUGAUCCAUGUGGACAUCUGAACAGAACAUAAGAACAGGAACUGCCUACAAAACGGGUAGUUCUGAGCCAACUUCCAGUGAGUUUAGGGUUAACGGGAACGUAAGCCAGGAUCAGGUUUAGGGUUGCGGUGGGAAUUAGUUUUAACUGCAGAGUUAGAGGUUAAUUUGGGAUCAAGAUUAGGGCAACGACAUGAUCUUAUAUUAGGGCUAUUGUUGGGGUUAGGACACAGGAAUAUUGUGCCUUUUUCUACAGUUAUGCCCAGAUCCAUCCCUAUUUUUUGAGAGGAGCGUUCCUAUUUCCAUGUCCUGCUUAGACAUCCACAUAAGUCGGUCCCACCAGACUUUAUUCCAGACUGGAAUUCGCCCUCCCAUAAAUAGCAUACUUUCCGCACUAAGAUUCUAGCAGACGAGUUGCGUAUUCUCUAUGUUAGACCCAAGUGUGAGCUGUGGUUAGGCCAAUAGCCAUUGUCUAAAGACCGAUCCUUAUAAUUCGUCCAAUUUUUGGUCUAGCCUAAAGUGCAAGUAUUGGAUUAAAAAUCUCCGGAUCCUUCCCGAAUUCUCCUGGAAUAUCGAACUGAGGCACUGUUAUUUUCAGCUGUAAGCCUCUGGCUGUAACACAAAAUGCACUCAGAGACUGGUUCGUCAUGCAAACAGGAACUUGAGGAUCACCAAGGAUCGCUGACUAAUCAUCUGGACCCCCACAGCUACGUUCAACACAUUGCCACUGCUUAGCGGUCAGAUUUAUAGCAAUAAGUCUGAAAUCUUUGAAAACGUAAUUUAAUCUAUAUGACAUUUCAGACGUAUGGUCAUUGAGUAACCUCAUGAAAUGUUAGCCGGCGAUGGAUUACCCAAGUUAGUGUCGUGGUACUGGUGACUGAGUAGCAUGAUUCCUAGGUAUUUUUGCCAGACCAGGAUGCCGGCUUUUGAAUGCCCCUCUUUUUGGCCGGCCGGCAGAAAUCUCAUUUCAUACUAAAUGACUAGCCAAUCAGAAUGAGCCUGUUCCAUUAGUUUCAGAAGCUUUUUAGUUCGGAUGUGGUUAUUUAGCCCCACCUGAAUACGGUACUGGUGGUAAUAGGAGAUUUCACAGGUAGGGCCGGGUAACACGCCCGCGACGAGGUCAAGUAAUUGUAGGCAAGAAAAAAGCUAUCAGGAAAGCGCGGUUGUGCUUUGCGUGGUUGAGAAAUAGUUGCCCUAACCCUAAGCUCCAGCUAUAACCCCUAGCUCUUACCCCUAAUCCUAGCCCCCAACUCUGGCCCCGACCCAAACAGUAUUGUGUCCAUCAGGUAGGGCUACAUAAACACAUCUUACCGCCUUUUAUAUCAAAAUAUAUUUUGCAGAAAACACGUUCAAAAACUUUACUUCUUGUAUAGAUUUGAUAGGUAAAUGCGCCUUCCUUGAAUUUUGCACUGGAAGAAGUCUUAUAUGUCGGUUUUAAAAGAUUGAGUAACUACGCGUUUUUUAAGACUGUAUCGGGGACAUCCAAAUAGCAUCCUAUUUGUCUAUUUAUAAAUGUUCCUUCUCAAGUUAGCAAAGUAGUAUACGCUUCUCGGAAGAUUAUCCGAGCCUUAUGUGAUAUAACCGUAAUGCAUAGAGUAAUGUAUGGUUUUCUAAACAUGGAGAGUAUGUAGCUUGUAAGUUGAAGACCCUUGACUCAAACGUAUUCAUGAAUUUAAAGAACUUUCUAAAACGCAACUUUAACCUUUCUUGAAGUACAACACUCAAGGAAGGCAUGAUUACCCAAUAAAUAUUGCAAGAAUGUAUAUUUUCCAACGCUUAUUUGCAAAACGCCCUUAAAAUUAUAAGCGUAUAGUUAAUUAAUCGAAGAAAAGCAGUGGUAUUCGCAAGCGGCCAGAAGGAAGUGCAUUUCGAAGCCGGCGUCCCGGUGAAACUGAAAUACCUUGAGAUUAUGCUGCCCUGCAGGCAAUAUUACAAUCCAACCUAAGCAAUCCUUUCUAAUCGUUAACGCAUUUUACAAUUUAAGUCACCAGUUCAUAAAACUAGCCGCCGACUUUACACUCGAAGUUGGUUUUAAAGCCUGUAAGAAGCGGAUCAGGUAUUUAAAAGGUAUGAUUUCAGCGCUACCCACACUUGUGAAACUAGUGAGUGAUCGUCGGGAUUUUAAUUCUUGACAGGAAAUCUGUUUGGCUGAUCUAGUUUAAGAGGUCGUCAGCCCUGACUUGCUUGCACGCGUACUUUAAUUAUCUCAAAGAUCGCUUGAUAACUCUGCUGCCCAGUUGAUUACUCACUCUCCCGCUGGGGGUAAGCAAAUUGUUCGAUGCAUCUUGAAGCUGCAUCUUCCCAGGAUAAUUCUUUGCUCUCAUUAGUCAGUAGUUCGUGCAGCCUCUCCAUUCGCAAACACAGGGUUGAGCAUAAUUCUUAUCUACCCGUUCGCAUCUUUUUCUGUCUCGGACGAGGGGACUUGAUCGCGGGAAGUGUACAAGCAGUUGAAGUGGCUUUUUUCCUGUUUGCGUGCAGCGACCGAAUCCCGUACCUUCCAGUGCUAAACUUACGCAACCGCACAUGCGUCUGCCACCCGUUUGCGGGGUUUGCCCCCCCCCUGACAGACAACAGCGUCUGACUGAGUAGACAUGUUCGUUUCUGAAACUGCAACAUUAACUACCACAAGGCAUAUAUAUAUAUAUACCGCCUUCAUCAUCCCCCGCAGAAAACGAAGAAGAGGAAGAGAGAGCGAAUUCGGGAAACUGAUUGCAUUUGAAUUGACGAGCGACUGAUCGAGUAAACUUUUUCAUUUCCGAAAUAGCAAUAUUAAUUACUUUUUUUGAGAGUGUCUAUCAUAAUCUGCUGGACGAGCGUUGAGUUACUGUUAUGGUUUUUGUUCCUUCUCACACCGGCAGCUACCCUUUCAAUGGCCUUAAUUACUGUGGGCCUGAUCUUCGCCUGCAUAGCGUUCAUCGGCGCCUUUGCCUCCUGCUGCGAAUGCACGAUCGUUCUAGGCGUCGUAAGUUCAUAUACAGUCUGUCAUUUUAAUCCAUUUGUAUUAUAAGCGAGAUGGGUUGUACAGUUUUCCGAUAGAAGACCCUCCAUACUUUAUCACGUGAUCUGAUGCCUUGUGCUUGCGUUAUGCGACCUCCGUUUGCUUCUUGUAUUUUUGAUCUAUUUGACCGUCCGACGCUCAACAUUAAAUUUAACCCUUAUUGGCGGAUAAUGAGAAUGUUGAACUACUUACCUAUGACGACCAACGGUUGCAAUUAAUUUUUGAGGAAAUAAAAAAGCCGCAAUUUCAGAGCUGGAAUAUCUGCCAGACAGCAAGUAGGAAAUGCCGAAGGAUUCGCUGAUGAGCCAAACUCCUCGCAGCAGUGUCAUGGGCUUUUAACUAGUACCUGUGCUGUCAGUUAUGUUAUAUCGUGCUAUUUCAGUAUAUACUACUGGCUGCCUGUUAGCAGUUUGUAAAUAUUACGUACUUAUUCAGCAAUGGCAGAUGGAAGUCGCCUCAAAUAUUCGUAUGAAAAACUCCAGUCUAAUCCUACAAGCCUCAAAUAGACUGAUUUAGUCCAAGUUCAUAGAUGUUUUGGCAGAUUUUGACUUAUUCAUUUUAACCCAACUGUGAAAAACUCGGCGCCUUGGUGGGAUUCGAACUAACGACAGUAAGUUGAAUGCUUUAAUACAGCCAACGCUCUAACCACUUGAGCUACGAGGCUAAGUGUUGGCUGUACUAAAACCUUCGCCUUACUGUCGUUGGUUCGAAUCCCACCGAGGCGCCGAGUUUUUCACGGUUGGGUCAAUGUGAAUUACUCCAAUUUGCUAAUUAAUUUCUGGGGAAAUUGAAAAGCUGCACAACCGCCUAAAUAGGGGGGGGGGCAGGGAGACAAGAGUUUUUUUUCUGUGGUUAGUUAAAUUUAGAAGGCGUGAGACUGCGCGAUUGUACUCAUCUUUGUGUUUUAUAGGACCUGAAAUAACCUUUAUGUGAUUUUAUCAUUUUACGACUUUAACUCAUGACUCUUCUAACACCCACUUAAUAUGUUGAGCGUCGUCAGGAUAGGAAUGCGAUCCAUGCGUCAGUUCUCACAGUAGCCUAACCCAGCAUAUAUAGAAUAGUCGUCAGGUGGUCGUAUGUGGCUGCUUAAAUUUCCCAAUCACUGCGCUCACACCCACUUCCGGUCGCCUAGACACGCACCAGUCACCACUGCUGGGCUCCUCUCGUCGUCCAGCAGCAGAGGAAGCCGUCGUACGCGGAAGGCGAACCGCUUUAAGUUGAAACGCGCUGUCGCUGAUUUAGAGGCUGCCUGUGCAGCAUAGUCGUUCAAGUAACCAGGAAGGGCUGGACGAUUUUUCAGUAAUUAUUUCUCCACCCGGCGAAAUUGCAUAGCGGAUGGAAUUGUGAGCGACUAUUGUCGUGUGCCUCAAACGUGACUGUUUAACUGAUUGCGUAGUCUUGAUCAAAACUUGUCCAAGACGAGAACUUGCUGACAGGUCAGAAUUUUUAUCGGUAACAGCAAAAUGCCAAGUGCCGAAACCUUUGCCCAGGGGCCAUCGAUCAGUCAUGGAAGUUAUUAGCACGAUAUACGGCCGUGUUAAACGUUUCUUUCAAUUCCCGCAAAAUGACAAUCUUUCCACCUUCCUCAUUUCGGGUAACAGUAGGGUGUAGGACCCCCAAGUAGAUGGCAACUCAAAAAUGUACAGUAAAAUUCCGCGUGGCUGUAAACAUCACUUAUCAUUCGACGUUCCCGUUAGUUUUAUUUUCUUUAAUUUCCUGACAAAGAGUUAACUUAACAGCGACGGCUUAUUCGAAGUCCGCCAUUUUCUGAAAAUUGCUUUUUUGCCCAUUUUUAAAUUAUCGCGCUCACUUUCUUCAAACGACAGUAUGUGAUAAGACUUUCGGCAGACAUUUAUCCAUCUUCUGUGGUUUCUUGCUAUCCGUCCCGUGUGUUGCCCCACACGUAAAACCCCUCUACCACUAUUCAACAUGCGACACGGUCCACAGGCUAGCCCAAGUUAGUUGGGGAUCCUACAUCCUACAAUUGCCGCACUUUGUCAUGACACAGCCGCUGUCUACCCUGUUCCAUGUGGUCUUUUAUUCCUUUAUUGAACUAUGGAAACCUUGGCAGGUUUUGUGCACACUUGUUCUCACAUAACGCAACGUUUGGUGCAUUAACACUCCUCUGAGUAUCUUAUUUCUAACAAGUCUCAGUUCUUGCCACUCCAUUUACGGUCUUCCCAAAAAAGAUAGCUCUAGCAAACAUAGUUAGAAUAUCCAAGACGCUACGUCAAAAAUAGAAUGCUUUUUAAUAUAUUCGAUAUAUCGUAUAAUAUAUGCCAUAUAAUAAUAUAUAAUACAUUUUGUUUUUUGAAUUUGACAGUACACAGCCCUCCUCGGAGUCUUUCUGGUCCUCCAAUCAUUACUUCUGGCAGUUCUCUUUCUGGACAAAAAUCUAGUAAGAGGUUUCCUUAAAAUGCUUUCAUUUUGCAAGCACGAGUUGGCAGAAAAAUCUGCAUUUACCACUUUCUUUUUUGAUCUCCGAUGUUUGAGCUGCUACCGCUAGGAUAAUUGAACAUUUUACCUCAAAAACUACCUUGCUCUAAUGCCGUGCGCGCAUAUACAUCUUCGUAAAACUCCCAAACCCUUCCUUUACCCUUUAGUCAGUACUUUAAAGCGGACCGCUCGGGUUGCAUGCUGAUCUUUGAUUGCGGCCAACUUUCCUCGGUCCGUUUACUGUUGCGUGACUGGGCGCAAGAAUUCGCGAAGGAGCCGGGCCGGUGUGGAAACACGCACCCUGAAUGCGCGCUCAAACCUUACUCUGUCCUGCCACCAAUACGGCCAUCACAUUGCUUUUGGUACUUAUCAUGCAGGAAAGCGAGGCCGAAACAUACAUCAGUACAAUAUCUUCCAUGAGAACGGGCGAGAAAGAGAGGGGGGACAAUUUUAAAGCGCCGGUGGAAGCAGAUUGCUCGCUUGCACUUUUAGAUCUAGUCUUUAGUCCAGUGUGAUAAAUGUGACAUUUUUUAUAUUGCAAACUCACUGAUCAACACCUUUUUCUGUCCUGGCAUGUGGAGGCGUCGGCCUUGUUAGCAAUCAGUAAUCUGCAAGUUCAACUGUCCACUUCAGUUUGGUUGGCAACGCUUGAUACGCGGGAGAAUGUUCAGAACGUAUGUUUGGAGAGGACAGACCUGAUUUCCACACGUUGAUUACCUUGCUCUCGUUUGCUAAAGCAAAGGAAAAAUUAAAGAUUUGCGGUUUUUCCGAGAAGGAGGAACUAAAUUUCAGAUCUGUAAAAGUUUAACCUUGCCUCAAUACAGCCCGGACUUCCGUUUUCGCCUAAUUUGCCCUAUGUAGUUACAAGGACAGUUUACGCACAGAAUGUGGAAGGUGAAAUUUGACUAUCCCCCGAGGCGUGCUCGAUCCGACUGCGAAUUAUAAUCACGAUCAAUGGAUUAUAUCAACUGCCCUUUCACGGGGGAUAUUUUUCGUAGACUAGAUAUAAUCUAUAAUGCUGUCACUAGUUGAUGGCAUAAAGGAGGACCGUUUAAACUCGGAGAUAAAUUACACAUUCAUAAGUUGUUUCAGAAUUACAUUCAAGCGUAUCCUUGAAGAUAAAGGAUGAAGAGCGAUGGCAGUUCUAGAAAAGAAGUGCUUUACCCUACUCUAACGUAUCACUAGCGAGUGAUCAAAUGUUGGAAAAAGGACUUGGUGGGUUGGCACAAUUGUACUAGCAUGUUGAUUGUGUUGACAGCAGACUUCCAGUCCUCGAAUAUCACUCGACACUUCCGCCGUAGGUAAUCCGACCUAUUUUUUACUGUUAUGACUUAAUUCCCUUAAAAAGGAUGCUAACGUACUGUAGAGAUGACCUCAUAAUCUUAGUUCAGACAUACAAGGAUUUUAUAAAAAAUCAGUAUAUCGAAGGGAAAUAGGGAGAGGACUGUACCGUUUUUAAAAUCCGCCGCUACAAAAGUGGCGGCUCAAAUUCAAAAACCCGCCGUGGUUAUUCGCAGUGCAUGGCCACUGUAGUGGAACCGGCGAAUUUCCGUACCGUCUGAACAAUUCCAUUAACAGGUCUACGUAACUGCUCGCUUGAUUAAGACUCACGUGCCAACUAAUACCCGAAGUAGCCGAGGCUGGCGUAUAGGCCUCAUCCUCCGUGUCGCAGUGACUCACAGGAAGGAAGGUUCAAAUACACGCAUGUAGCAAAUUCAUUAAAAAGCUAACCAUAUGGUGUCAAUCAAGUGGGGCUGCAGGACCAAACAUCGCACAAAAAAUUUUAUUGCGAAUGUCUGAUGUCCAUGUACAGGUCGAAUAGCUUGAGCUGCGUGUGCGAUGUAGCUUUUCCCAUUUGCACCAAGGGAGGUUCCAUUACCCCAUUAUAAGUCACUUUAAAGGGUUACACGACCUUUCCUGACUACGCUGUGUGGCUAGCGCCCAUUCUUCGGAGUUUCUUCAAACGCCAACCUUUUCCUAAUCAGUCCAUGUUCUGUAUUUUAUAUAUUCCAUCCAAUAAUGACGCGAGUGUUGAGAACCUCAAUUCCUAACAUCUACGGCUAGCGAUUAUUUCCAGUCAUCUGUCCGAUGACAUCUUCUCUUUCUCUUCCGUGCUUUCAGUAUAUGCGGGCGGUCACGGACUCCCUUUCCGGAUUGAUCCGAGACUAUGGCAGUGAGACGGGAGUGGCGACCGCCAUCUGGUCUGCUAUUAUGCGUGAGGUGAGUCGUACUCAUCUUUGUUUCUCAAACUACCACCAAUUCCGUGAUGCUUACUUCGAAUUUUUGAUGCUGCCUCUGCAUCGCGGGUCUUUACACUAUCUGGGCAGAAGAUUAAGCAUGGUUUCGUUUCAUUAACGGACAAAGUAGCCUUGCGUGAAAAUUUGGUAUCAGGGUGUCCUGUUCUUGGUCGGUGAUCCACAUUAGAAUCCUCGCAGGUCGUAGCGCAUAAACUAGCAGUUACCCUUGAAGGACUUGUCGGUGAUGUCGGUCUGCCUAUAAUACUAGUCACUGAGCAGCCAACGGUGAAACUCGAGAACGAACCUCAAGGCAUAACGGGACAAGUGUGCCUUAUAACACGAUCGGUGGAUGCCCCGUCUAUCACAGUUUCAGUAAUUCUUUACUUCCCAUUUACUUCUUAGGCAGCGACGUUUGAGGAACGCAUUUUCUUGGACUAGUGAGACCUCAUCGCUGCGCCUCUGUUGAUGGGUUUCAGAGCUAGUCCGUAAAUACAGCCAAACAGUUUCUUCUUUCAUCUACCAAGUCUCUUCUCCAUUUUGCAGUGAUUUCGUUUCCGAGUAGUAUGUGUCUACAGAUCUUCGGUGUCAUUCUCAUUUAAUGGCAAGUGUAGUGCGGAAGCCCUUCCUCCAAAUAUGCCUGAGUAAUGACUCUAUGUGUGGCCUUCACUAAUCACCGGAUGAACGACGAUGUGUCGAUUUAACUCCAUGAGAUUCAAGGUAACUUCAAGGACAGUGUAUGCAAACAUUUUCUGGCUGAAGUCGAAUGCAUUUCCGGCUUGACUGGCUUUAGGGGCGCCCCUCAGCAUCCAGAAUAGAGUUUGUUGUGAUAAAACAAAGAGAUGCCGGCAAUGAGCUGUGGCAUACGUUGGGCAAUGUGGGACGAGUCUUUGGAGCUCUUUAUUGACGUCGUAUGUAUGUAAACACACACAGCGACGACUCAUUAUCUGCAAAACUCGGCAUUCCACCCAAACACAUUACCAGUCGGCGGUAGAAACGGAACUUCAGUGAGACCGAUCUUUCAUCAGCCGGGGUAUACAGACAUUACUUUAUUUCAUCAAGGCAUAGCAUCAUAGGCAUCAAAUAACAUAAUGGGUGAAGAAUACAUUAAUCAGCAUAACGCCAGAUUACCGGCUGAUUCACAGAAAUUGACAUGGAAAGUCGAAUUUAUUACAUCAUUCUUCUACUGCUGUUUAGAGGUGAUUCAUCGUGAAUAAAUCAGGAAAGACUAGGCAAUAUAUAUCAUCAAGAUAGCGGAAGAUGACAAUUAAUUUGCAUUAAAGGUCAAGUUGGCAAAUAAACUUUUUCAGUAAUUAAACGUCAGGCCUGUACGGUUGCAUAUAAAUUGGAAAUAUGAGACCUUUGAGGCUUUAAAAUGUCUCAGGAGUUAUUAACUCGCAUCGUUUCCACGGCACCCGCAUGACGAGGUCGGUGUGAUAUGGUCAUUAUGGCAGAAAUGAGAGCGGGUGUUGUUUGUAAGUCAAGUGCGUAGAGUACACAUUACUGUCAUUAGGAGGAUUGGAGCGGCGUGCGAUAACAUCUGGAGUCAGCGUGACGACUAAAUGUGAUACCAUUCAGUUAAAAUGAUACGGUUGCAAAGAAUCCGUCGCAUAGGUGGCCUGAGGGACUUCUUCAAUGAGGGUAGCUAUAAGCCAGUCCAACCUACUUACGCUCUAACCUGCGCUAACCUGAUAUAUUUCGACUUUUUGUUCUGUUAUGGCCGAAAACGAAUUAAGAAUUAGAGGAGGCUAAAUCAACUCGUGACUAUCUAAGGUAGCCAAAUGUCUACGCUCCGCAUGCAGUCUUUGUGUCACAGUGGGUGGAGUCCCCGAUACGAGGGGUUAAUCCAUAAAUGUCCCCAAGAUUUGUCGCACGUCUGAGAUGUGUGAUUUAUCGCUUCUUUUAAAUCGUUAAAAGGAUACUCCACACAGUUUGGAUUGCGUCGAUAAGUCGAUUGGUUGGCCUUGUUGCUCCACUGUUUGUCCGAAGCGAUGACGGCAGGACUCGUGCUUUGGAUGCUAGACACAGCUUGGACGGAAAAACCGGAUCUUAUAUUGUAGCCGCACUUGCAGUAGACAUGCACCAACCGCCAUUCAUGAGGGACCGGUGAUGAAAGGGGCUUAACACUAACCCAGUCGCUAGCCCUAACGCCUAAACCUUAAUCUCUAACCCCAAACCCUAACACUAGCCCCUAACCCUGACUCCUAACAGGUGCGGCUGCGAAGUAGGGUCUUACCCACGGCUCACUUUUCCGUUCACAGCCCUCGCUGUCAUUUCAAAGACUGCAGCUGGCCUUCGACGGCUUGGGGCGGUUUCUGCCUCUGGACCGUCUGUAGGCUGCCUGUUGCGGUGAUGACUGUCCUGCUAAUUAUGCCUGGUCAAUUAUUGACUUGAGAAGUUUGCUGUCAUUGCCUAUCGCGAACCCUCAGUCUAGGGAAGUGACUGCCACUGGCUAAGACAGGUUUAAGUUAAUUUAGAGAUUUAUAGGUAUUUUGGCAGAUUUUGAAUAAUUUUACAUUGACCCAACUGUGAAAAACUCGGCGCCUCGGUGGGAUUCAAACCCACGCAGUAAGGAAAAGACUUCAGUACGGCCAACGCUCUAACCGCUUGAGCUACGAGGCCCCGUCGGACGACUCGAGUUUAAUCCCACUCGGGUCAAGUUUACCCGUCCAACCUACUGCAACGUCUGGAAUCCACCAAAUCUGAUACAGUAAGCCGAUUGCCCAAACAGGAUUUCCUAAGUUAUUCAUCUAGAAUCCACCAGAUGACUACCAGGCUCACGUAAUUCAUAGGUAUUUUGGCAGAUUUUGAAUAAUUGUGAUUAAACUCGAGUCGUCCGGCGGGACCUCGUAGCUCAAGUGGUUAGAGCGUUGGCUGUACUGAAGCCUUCUACAAACUGCAUGGGUUCGAAUCCCACCGAGGCGCCGAGUUUUUCACAGCUGGGUCAAUAUGAAAAAUUAAGAGAUGUCAGUCAGAGCUCCGAUAGCGUUGUUAAUCGUUAAAGUUCCCAAUGUGUCGCGGGCGGGGUCGUGCUCAACUGAAGCCUAUACACAGCUGUGGCUGACUGACCGGCGGCAGUCAAUGCUCCAGCAAGUAUUAUCUCAGCACACCUCUCAUUUGUCAUUUUCGAUGCUGUUUUAUGGCUGGUGAUCACGCGACCGCCUUCAAGUAACCCUAAUGGCACCCAAAAAAGCAGCAGAAGGAGCAUGCUCAGUACUGCAACUAGAUCACGAAACUACCCACUAACGCAAGUUGAAAUGCUGUUUUUAGGGGUGCGCAAUAAAUCAAAAAUGAUACUACCGCAGUGAGAACCUAGCUAAAGGGUCCACCAUUAGUUGGCGAUCUUUUCAAAAGACCUGAAAGCGUGUGCUAUGCCAGUGUCAGCAAACCAUGUCCUUCGCAGCCUGGUAUGCGCUGGCAGUUCUCUGACACCUGGUUCCCUGCCGAAAGAUGCGGUUACGCUCCCUUUGGGUAUCCAGGUGGUGGGCAUGGCAGCCCAGUCAUCAGUCUCGUCCUUCCGACUCCUCUUGGGGUGUUGUUGUUGGUGAAAAAUCCUGGUCAAGUGUAUGCUGUGAGCCAGGGAAUGUGAUGGCACACCUAGGUGCGGGUAUGGCCGUAUCGGCCACCUGCGUCCUUCCCCGCCUCUGGUUUUCUUCCAGGUGGAGGAGGAACGAACGUAAGUCUUUUAUUACUGUAAACUAAUUCACGCACAAGUCACCGUUCCUGUUGCAUCUUAGUGUGUAGCACACAGUGUACCUCGUCGGAAUCGACGUCGAACUCUCGUGUGGGCCUCGUACUGGUGGCAACUCACUAAACAACGACGAUAUCGAUGAGUCCUUGGUGGAAUUUAAUUAACCAGCAACAUCUACCUCCUAUGUCGCAAGUCGUUAUAUUUUUGGCUGGAGGUCGCCUUCCACGCUUUGCAGUCAUUUUAAACCCUCCAUCGUGUCCUGCGCAUAUAAAAAUUGUGCCAAAAUUUCUCUGUGUGCUUAGCACCACCCAGCCCCCUGUGUGUUGGCUCAAUUUGAGCUGAAUGCUCCGUGUAUGCGUAUACAUGCACUUAAACUCGAUUUUACACGCACCAACACUGCGGUGUUCAGGUUAACUCAAUACAUUUAGGGUCGCUGUUUGUUGCGGUCCAGUGUCGGAGAGCAUGCCAACUUUUCACGGACCGCCAUGCAUUUGCUGUUGGCAGGCAUCAACAGUGACCUCUAAACUGCCGGCCCGCUUCGAGCUAAAUUGCUUUUGGAUGCUACGUUUUAUGCAAAAACCCUGUGUUCCGAGCGGCACUUUAGGCUGCUUGUAUGGGUUUAUGCCGUCAGGCGGUGCCUUGGGUGGCCAUAGUAAUUUACGGCAAAAUGUGCGGCAGGAUUGACAUAUAUGGCCCAUAAAUAGGACAUGAAAAGAGGAACAUCACGCACAACUACUAAAAGUGGGCCUGCCCAUAAUUCCGGGAAAGGCAAAAUAUUCCUAUGUCCUAGGCCCAACAAAACCAAACCCCUGCCUUAAGCCUGACCUCAUUUUCACUAGACGUUGGCUGUCAACCACGCACCUAAACCCAACAAAACCAAACCGUUGCCUUAAUUUUAACCCUAGCCCUAGAGAGAUAGGAAGUCGCUUUAUUUUGAAAUCAUAACUCUACAGUUCACACUGGCCCCUACCUUAACCCUAAACUUGAUCAUAACUUGCCCUUAACCUACUCCCUAACGUAACCAUAGUCUUAAGCCUGACCCCAUUUUCACUAGAAGUUGGCUCUCAGCCAACCACGUUGAAGCGGUCCCGGUUCUCAUGUCCUGAUUAGGGUGUCACAUACAUCAGUCCGCUCGAAGUUGUUCUAUUGAUUAUCUCGCGGAAUAAUGCCGUAAUAUUUCAGACACACCUGGAUUUUAGCGUUCUGGCUACCAGCAUUGGCUGUUCGGAAUGAAAAGUGAUUAAGUCAUAAGUAGGCGCUUCUUAUCGAUUUCCGAUUAUUUUAUAAAUUAAGCUUUAAACCUUAAUCCUAAACCAAGCCUUAAGACUAACCCGAUUUCAAUGGAAGCUGACUGAAGUCCACCCGUAUUGCAGGCGGUUCCUGGUCACUGGUCCUCUUUAGGAUGCCAUUUGAGUUAGUCCUGUAAGAUGUUAAUACUUACUUUCUAGAAUUUAUUUGAGUCAAAGUGCAGCGUAAUUGAAAAUGAAUGUUGCCGUUCACUGCGAAUCAUUGCUGAGGAGGGGUAGCGGUCGAAAUAGGCACAUGGUUGGCCGAAAAUAAUCAGGUUGUGUAAGAUGAUUUUUGUCAAAAGCGUUGCAAUCGAGACUUCUUUUAAAACUAAGUUUGCUGUAAGCCGCUAUCACCCCACUUGGUAGAGAGCCCUAUUGUUCGACUUUUUGUUGACUAACUAAAGGUUUCCCGAGGUCCAGUCGCAUGCAUUCGCUUCUGAUUAUAUUUGGACGACCGCUUACGUGAGUUGAACAUGCAGAGUCAAAGAUGUCCUCUGGUUUUAGCAAACAAUCAUGGCCACAGCCAAUCUGGAGUUUACAGAGUAAACUACUCCUAAAGUGCCUGUACGAUUGCGAAUUUAAGUCAAGAAGAGCAGUGAGCCUAAAACAGUACCCUGGUGGACACCAUUUUCAAAGCACUGCCUAUUUUCAAGUAGAGGUUCCAACAACAUUUCUAGCUAGUGGUAGGGUGAUGGACCAAAUUGGCUGCCGGUAGACUGCGGAUCGUAUGCUGAUUUAUGUACUUACGAAAUCUAGUUAAGUACUGAUGACUGACAAUUGUACCAAAGAACCGAGAAACAAGAAAAGAGAGAUCAAUUGAACAUCAAUUGAGGGAUCCCAGAAAUUACUUCCAGGAGAUGGGCUCAAUUGUCCGAUGGUCGGGCACUCUUUCAAAUUUGAACGCCAGCUGGAUACCGUGUUUGCAUACAUUCAUCAUUUUAAUCGAGGGUGUGGUUUAUGCUCCGACCGUCUUCUGUGUUUUCACCAUCCUGUUAGUUUCGAAGACGAAGAUGCGAUCACUGGAACAAGAAAUUUAUUGGCCUGACGUUUCAUAUUCUCACUCGAACACAUCAGCAGAGACAGUCGCAGAUAAGGAUAAUGGUGGUACAAGGAGUGCAGUAUUUAUAGCACAUGGCUGCCGUGGGACCAUACGCAUGCUAUAAUUAACAGCUCUUGCGAUCACUGCUAUGGGUCGUAAAUGAGGCGAUGAUGACUCGUCAGUCCGCGUCCGAUUCGUUAAUUGCCGCGAUUUCGUCAUCCAUGUUGGAUGGUGGCGGGACGAUUGCUCGGCAAAUUGGUUUACUAUCACUAGGAUUAUUGCUCGCCCGCGCCCUCCCCACGUGACUGAUUCCUCUGCCCAGGGAAAAUUUUAGCAGAGAAUAUCGUAACGGGGUUGCAUUGAGCUUGUUGAUGGAUUGCGGACAUGAGAACCAUGCCUACAGCAGCUAGAGUCUCACGCAGUUGUCAUCCCUUGCAAGGAUUUCGGCCUCUUAAUACUUGAAAAUAUGGCCGGGUCCCGUCGAAUGAGCCGCCACCCGAGAGCUAGCGUCUCCCAGCCUCACUGCUGCUGUGUGCUCGGCAAUUCGCGUACGAAGUAAUCUCCCAAUUUCCCGACGUAGUUGCUUUGUCCGCAACUGCACCGGAUCCGGUAAAAUUUGGGGCCGGUUGGAUUUUGCCUCUGGUGUCGUUUUCGUAUGCACUGGUUGACAAAGUUGUGCGGGUAGCCAUUGGCUCUCAAAACCCGUCGAAGAUAUUGUAAUUCAGCAACCUUGUCUUGCGUUUCACCUCAGUGCGUCUCAACGCGCCGGUAUAGUGCCCUUACGCAACUGCGUUUGAGACUGAUGGGUGAUUGCUGUAUUUGCGCCGUAUUCGUCGCUCAAUGAAAGAGGACUUCCAGGAAGGCCAGCUGGUUGUUUUAUUCCUCCUCCAUCGUAAAUUGAAUGUCGGGAAAGAUGGCGUUGAGAUGCUCUUCGAAUGUCAGCCACUGAUCAGGUUUGAUGAGGACGAAGUUAUCAUCCACAUACCGAGCCCAGAAUUUCGAUCUAUGGUGCCGGAAAACCAGCGACUGCAACUGUUGUAGGGCCGCCUCGGCUAUGAGACCCGAAAUCGGUGGAUUCGUUGGCGUACUCUUCACCUGCUCGUAGACUGUCCCGUCGAGCGUAAAGUAUGUCUUGAGACAGAACUUCAGGAGCUGGAUGAUUUGGGUGUGUCCAAGAUGAUUCUGUUUUUCGUUGUAUUUCUCUCCUAGGAGCAGUUCGAUGGUCUCGACUGCCACGUCCAGUGGGAUAGAAGUAAAAAGGGACGUGACAUCAAUGGAAACCAUGACAUCUCUUGGCAGGAGACUUACCCCUUUAAGUUUCUCCAAGCAUUAAAUUGACGAGCUGACUGUGGUGCUCGAAUCGGAGGUCAAAAAUUUGAGACGUCGAAACAGUUACUUUGCCAGUCCGUUGGUUAGAGUGCCUUUCAGUGAUACGAUAGGCCGGAGAGGAGCGCCCUCUUUGUGUACUUUUGGGAGACCGUAGGAUCGGUCUAGGGCAGUUUCUUGCGCUCUCGCCAUACGUCGAUCGAUUGGCGAUAUUGCACUUGAGAUAUCAAUUGCCAGCAGUGUCGCGUUAGUCUCGCGUGUCAGCGUUUUCAUGGGUUUGGAUUCGUAUGGGACAUAGGACUUUCGAUCCUCCAAAAACCUUUUGGUUUUCUGAAUGUAGUCUGUCCUGUCCAAUACAAUCGUUAAACGCCCCUAUUCCGCGACCUUAUGUGCAUCGCGCUCAACCUUGGAAAGCACGUCGCGCGGCCUACGAGCCAGGAAGGAGGAUCGUCCGUCCUAUGUGGCUGAUGAAACCAGGUGUUUGUACCGACCACAGACAUUAUCGAUCGGAGCAGGAUAGAACACCAACUGCGGCCUCCCAUGAAUGGGAGGAGUAGUUCUUGUGACGCCUUUUUCAAUCUGGCUACUCAAAAGAACGGUAUGCCAGGGAUUUCAACGACUUUUUAAUCGCCGAAUAAUUGUGAACGCGAUUUGUCGUUAAAUGCGCGUCUAGAGUUUUUAUUCUACAGAUUGUAUACCCUGCGUGCAUGCAAAACAAUGAAUUGCUCUAUGCCAUUAAGGUGAUACCGUAUAUGACUCGUGGAAUUCUCAAAAGAUGUGGAUUACAUACGUCUAUGCUUUGUGAGCAACAUUGAAAAAUGGGCAGACGCGUUGAUAUUUUAACUGGCAUCACAUGACCCUAAACAAACUCGUUCUAAGGCAUUUUUAAAACCUAAAGAUACCCCUUUUCCGAGUAACAAAUAUCAAGUAGACGUGAUGUCUACCAACUGAGUACAAGAAGGAAUAUUUUGCGCUCGCGUGUAUAAAAUAUAACUGAAUAUAUAAUAGUGUCGAAAAUUAAGUCAUAAAAGAUAUAUAGUUACUUUUACUUGUGUGUGGUUAUUUCAGCUGGCUCAAAAGAGGUGCAGUUAAAAGCCAACUCCCGUUGUGUCGAAGGGAGUUACUCCAAGUUCGUUAGUUUGUAUGGAAAGCAAAAUGGCCCAGUACGAACUACUGCACUUUGUUGACUGUUUGCUGUCUUGCGUGUCCUGCUUUUUUCCGUGAGAUUUCUGGUCUUCAUUAGGUCAUUUUAUCUUAAAUCUGUAAGAAAGUUUAAUGAGGAGCUUAACGAACAUGACCCUUAUAGGUCUGACUGGUGGAAGGAUCCGACUUGACAACUUUCUUGUAAAUUCUUUGCUUCAAACUUCUUGAGAAUAUGUUAAAAAUAAUUAUCGCUGAUGUUACUGGCCAAAGCCAAUGGUCGGAGACUGAGCCUUUGAGGAUUCCGAAAGGACAACUGAAACAUCAUUGAUGUUUCGUCGGCACUUCCUGCAUGUUCAUUUCCUUAAAAACAGGCCCAUCUGCUAUCUGUAAGCUGUUUAUUGUUCCUGACAUCAGUUCUAGUACUGUAGUGAUUACAGGAAACAAAUGUAGUCGACCUUGACGGAUGGUGAAUUGUUUUGAUCCCAAAGUCGGCUGAGACUGGUUGACCUUUUCGUCCUGUUUACAUUGUUCACAUAAAAGAGGAAAUCGACGGGCCGACUGGUAGAUUUGUGUCUUGACUUGUCAGUCAAUUAAUGGAGUUGGCUGCGGCAGCAACGAGGAAAUAUCCUGACAAUGGAAGGUCUACUUCUUUCUGCACUGUAGAAAUUGCAAUAAAUUUACCAUUUAGUAGUAUAACUGACUGAAGGAAGCAUUUAGCUCCCGAGUGUGUUAGACGCUGAGAGAGGUCAAAUGUCCACAUACCAGUCGCCGUGAACGAAUAAGUAGAAUAAAUUGCGGAUAUUAGACCCUAAUACAUUACUGAGGUGUGAGAGCGAAGAAGUAGUAGUAUUAGGCCAUGUCGUCCUUCAAGGGGACUUUUUGGGAAGGGUAUCUAUGCUUUAAUGACCACUUACCAAACAUACGCUGCUUAUUAGCAUUUUUCGGAUAAUCUGUUUCAGCAUAAAGUGUUCAUUAGGAGAAAUUUCGCUAGUCAGCCCCGAAAACAACAAGUAAAAUCACAGGUCUGGAACGCCGAUCUACUCGACUCAAGAUGUUGGAAAACGAACGAAAUAGUACAACGGUGCCCUUCAGAAUAUUCUGACAGAACCACGAGCCCGUGCUUCAUUGGUAGAGCGUUCGACUCAAUGGCUAAAGAUCCCCGGUUCGAAUCCAAGGUGGGAUUGGGUGUGACUGGAUGAUGCCGACUAAUAAGCCAGAAAUGUUCAUUCGGGUCUCCUUUUCUUUGUCGUUAUUCCAUUAUAUGCAUAUUCUGGUUGUUCUUAAGUCAACAAAACCUUUAUCCCGCCCUCUUGAAGCCUAUUUAUCUAUAUAAACUGAUUCAGAAGUUCACUACCCUUUCUUUCUCUCACUCACUUUGUAUCUCUUUCCUGGUCACUGAAGGUCAACAACGAGAGAUGCUGCGGAAUGGAUUCCUCUCGCGACUUCAUCUAUUCCCGGCUUCCGACAGGUAAUCAAUUCCCUCUCAAACAAACCUCAUUAUCCCCUAACUGUAUUGCAAAUUGACUUUAGAAAACACCAUUUUUCAAAUUCCAAGAGUCCCUGAGUUAGUUUUUAAAAUACAUGUGUCCCCUUCCUCCAACCGCUAAAUAUAUUCGUAGUCUUUCUCAUUCCACAAUCGUCGCAUUCCUCACUUUUAUAUGGUCGGAAGUUCUACGGUUACCGUUCUGCUUAUCAAUCACUCACCAGCCCAAUUCAAUUUACUUGAUCUGACGACAUGGUUUUGUUGCCAACUUCAAAAAACUAUCUACGAUCUCUUCGAAAAGUGCUGCUUCUGAAUACAGGAAUAAGUGCACACCGAUCAGCUGCCUAGCUGGAUAAGACGAUCUCUGACUGUGUGGCAGAAGUCGCGAUCCUGCCAGGCCGAACUCGGCCAAACUAGGGCAGUAGAGUGGGUUGCCGCAUCUGGCAUCUCUGCCGUUAUCGUCUUUAUUAUGUUAUCCCUUUUUCAGAAGCUAUAUAGCGAAAGUCCAAAUUCGAUUAUCAGACUUUUUACAUACUCCUCCUUCAUUCUUGCUAAAUACAGGCUAGUCGUUCAUAUACAGUGAGCGACCGAUCUCAUUAAGUGUUGACUGAAACUCUGAAGCGUGUUUUCGACUGAGAAGGAUUACUUAGGCGCGGUUGUAAUAUUGAUUUUUUCGCGACAUAAUUCUAUAGUACCUCGGACUCAGCAGGAUGUCAGAUUUUGAAUGCACCGAUUUUGAACCCCCUGUAGAAACCGAACUGAGUACAAAAAUGACUGCUUUAGUAGCAUGCAUUUUUCGCAUUGGUUUUCGAUGGUUUUGCGAAUUUUAACAUAUUUAAUAGAAACUAUAAACGAAAAUAUGCUUUCUUUCAGUCGUUAGAUAGAGAAUUACGUGAUCUUUAUAAUUUAUGCUUAAAGAAAGAGUAUAAUUGGCUUUUUAAAAAGUUUCUACUUAUGAAAUUUUUAAGACCGUGCAAUGCCCAUUCAUACAGCAUCGUACCUGUUCGUUUACCACUGCUACUCAGAAAAUGUGCAACAUAGUCCGCAUAUAUUGCAAAAUUUUAUGACCCUUUAUGAUAUCUUUAUAACGUCAUAGAAGAAUAUGUGAUUUUCUUCAAGCGAAACGCAUGCACCCUGCAGACUGAAAUCACUAAGCGUUAAAGCAACAACAGAUCAGGCUACAUAUUAUUCGCAAAUCUGAAAACUUUGUAAAAACCUAAUUAUAAUCCUUUAAGUAUAACACGGACGUGAUUUUCUGUCGAACGACUAAAAUAAACAUAUUUUUGUUUGUUGUUUCUAUUAAAUACUUUAGAAUUCGCAAGACCGUCAAAAAUUAAUGCGCAAAAGGCAUGCUACUUAAGUAGUCAUUUUUACCGAGUUCGGUUUCUACAGGAGAUUUAAAAGCAGCACAUUCAAAAUCUGACAUCCUUCUGAGCCCCAUGUAUUAUAGCAUUAUGUCGCAAGAUAAUCGGUAUGAUAACCGCCCCUAAGUAAUCCUUCUCAAUCGAAAACGCUAAAUAGCGGCUAAUCGUUCAUAUAUUAAAGUAUUCAGCAGGGGCGGAGAUGUUUACCUCCGUUUUAAACCAUCGUCCUACAAUGUGCAUCUUUUAGUUUGUCAAAAAGAACAUGCGGAUCAAAUAUAGUACUUUUUUCUGUUUUAUAUGCUUACAAACAUAAUUUUUUCUUUCCUAAAAGAACUCCUAUGAGUAGCAUUCUAGUAUUACGGACGGCUUUACGCCGCAGUUAACAAGGAGGUUGGCAUAUCGGCGUUAAACUAAAUAUUUUAAAUCUAGUCGCGUCUAAUUUCGCGCGGACUUGCUCGUUGUCCCUAAUAAGGGCUGCUAUUGUCGUGACUAUUUGCUCCGGGUCACAUGAAUUGACAAACAGGCCGUUAAUUGGAAAACCGUUGGAGUAAACGCACGACGACGUCAACUGGCGUCGAAGUGGGUAUGAAUAAAAAAGGCUUUUUAUCAAUGACAUCGCGUCUUGUUUGGCAUAAAACCAGUUCUCAACUACUACCCACGCCGAAACCUGUAGAUUUUUGGCACUGCGCGGUUAGAGCGAAUGGACCGAUUCUCUAAUUCCACACUCUCUUUUUAAACACUUGCGUAGUUUUUAAUAAUAGAUUACUUCACGUUGAAAGAAUUUACACUGAUGUGACUUUCAAAUUAUCGCAUUUUUGAAGGAACACUUUCGCAAGCUGUCACUCAAGUUUUCGACUAACAGGAAAUUUAAUUUUGAAAAGAUUUCUUCAUUUUUCAAAUUUUGAAACAUGAGAUGCUUUCUGCGUUGUAAAUGAACGCGGUGUGAGGGUCCUCUCCAAGUUGCUUGAAGAGGUGCCAAGAAUAUUUUGACUUACCGGGGUAUAAACUGCGCACAUGCACUUUUCAUUACGAACUAUGAAGGGGUUCUCGAUGGCAGGUUAACAUUGUGCAACCACAUCUCACAUUACUAAGCAAGGGGUGCUCUACAAAUUUACAUAUAUCACCCAAUAAAAUACUAAUACCAAAGUCGGACGUUAAUCUAAACAAUCAAAGUUGAUCAGAAUUUUAUCCGAUUCCUCCAUAUGUUCGCUCGUGGAUGUUUGGGAGGAGCAUUUAUAGAUAUGUUCCAAGGACACUAUCGAAAGACCAUGUCUAAUUAGUUUGCCCUGAGCAGCAAAUGGUAGUUCAUCUGCCGAUGCUUCCACACCUAUGCUUUGAAUUCGUGCUUAGAGAGUCAAUACAUGUGUUUUUCAUAAGAUUGAUCGUUGCGCUCAGAGCCGCAUUGCCCCACUGUUAUGCCGUUUGGGCCUUGGAGAGCUUAAAUAAGAGUGAACCGUCGGCAGAUCAUUCUAGAUUAAUUUCAAAUGCACCUGACUUAAGUUCUGACCACGGUCGUUUAUCUCGACUCAAUUUUUUUCCUUAAGCGAUUGGGAGAAUUUUUACGUUUGCAUUUUUACGUUUGAUUACGCAUAACAAUCAAAAUACUUUUUCUAUAGGUUUUUUGGCAGAUUUGAAUAAUUAAACUGACCAUUUGCGAAAACCUCGACGACCUCGAAGCAAUUGCAACCUGUGACAGUGAAGGCAUGACUUUAAUAUAACAACUUGGGCUUUCACCUUCUAACUGACUUCCCCACCCAAUCUACCUCAAUUUAUGGGAUUUAUAAAUUCUAAUACAGUAGGAUAAUAGCUCAUGCAGGUUCUUCCAUGGCAUCAGUCUGACAUUAGCACAACACACGUUUUAAACGAUUGGGCCACGAGGACGCCACUGGAAGCCCUGGAGUCACAAAUACGUCAGUCAAAAUAUUCUCAGAAUUCAAAAGAAACCCACAAGACUUCCUCUGUGAGCAAGUCGAAUAUCAACGGCAAUAAAAAUGUUGUGAAAGUCAGUGUUUGCAUAAUUUAAUUUCAUGGGAGGGUUUUUCAAAAUGUUACUAUUGGCAUUUGAAAAUACAAUGGCGGUAAAACUAAAAGUUCACUGUCACCUGUAUUUAGGCGGCACGCAUGGAGGUAGGUUGGUAAAUUUGACAAAAGCGUAUUAUGCUGCAAACACUAAACUCAAUCUUGCUUCUUUUUUAUCUGAUGUUAACUGCUCUCUCUGACACGUUCCCUUCAUGAGUCUCACGGAGGCUUAAUUGCGCCUGGAAGUUAGCAGCACAGUUCUGAAAGAGAAUCGGCCAAUUUUACAUCAUGCUUUGAUCCUCUUACCUUGUUCACGUAGAUCCCAAUCUCUCGGUCAUUUACUCGACCGGCCUCUUAUGCACACGCAUAUUUUCGCACGCCACUUCCUCUUCCAUGCUUAUGUACUUUAUUCUCACUAGUCCAAGCACUUGACGGUUAACUACAGUAGAUGUGCCAACUCAGGAAAUAUUUACCGAAAUCUUAAAGUACGUCUUUAAUUUGAAAAGAUUACUUACGUAAGGGUCGCUAUAUUUAUCAUCGUACAGCAUAAUCCCAUAAUAACUCGGUUACUUUAGGAUGCGCUCUCCGCAUGAACGUUGUUCCUGCCAUCCGCAAAAACUACACUCUGUAUAACUUGACUACUUGCGUAGUAUAAAUUUUUGUCCCUAAUUUUCGAUGCCAUUAUAAAUUCAAAUAUACCCUUAACACAAAGCAUGCAUAAAAAUACUUGUUCUCUUACUCCUUUGGUAGAACACUGCGUUGUCUUUCAAUUUUAAGCAUGAAAAAUCGUGAAAUUGGGUAUUGAAAGACUGUUCCAAUACCGGAAUAAUUUUGGACCCGACUUACCGUUGCACUUACAUUUAGAGUUUCGAACUUACAAGCUGUUUAUUUUCCUUGAACGAAGAUCCAUGCAUUUCUCUACAGUAUUAAGAGAUUAUAUUAGGUUACUUAAAUUUACGAGUCGGUGUGAGCCCUAGCGUAAACUUUACAAUUAACCUUUAUAAAUGCAGAGACGCGAGGUUUAAUGAAUAGACAUUUCGUGGUCUUAAAAAAUCUAAUAAUUAAGGAAUUUUUAAAACCAAAUUUAGUAUAAAAUUUGAAGAAGACGCUAUUUUUCUCCAAAAGAGUAAACAAAUGGAUACCUCUAUGCGUGUUUUCUAUGAUAUAUAUUCGAAUUUACAAUGGCAUCGAAAAUCAAUGAGGAAAAAUUCAUACUAGCUACAUAGUCAUUUUUCACAUAGUGUAGCUUUUGCAGGCGGUAGGAGAGAAGCGUUUUCAAAGCGGAAAUCCCGAAUUAUCACUAGAUUAUGCUGCAUGAAGAUUACUAUUGCAAUACUGCUUGAGUAAUUUUUUAGAUUUCAGAACGCAUUUCAGAGUUAACUCGCCUACUGUACUUAUGACAGCCCCUAGAGUGCCGUUGAACGAAUCCUGUUCGAAAGUACUAAUAUGGCCACAUCAAUGCCGUUUGAUGCAUAGGGUCUUACCUCAUCCAGUUGACUGAAACCUAGGCAGCAUACUGGAAUGAAACAUGGCUACGGGAAAGUCCGGGGAAGCCGAGGUGAAAGUAAGUUACGAACUAAAGGAGGUUCAGGCAGCACUACUCACCUUUAAACGUACAGAUCGCGUAGCUGAAAUUUUUUAAAGACUUAUUAACUGAACAAAUCAGGGAUUUUGGGCACGGAUAUCAACAUGCUUCACGUAUAAUUUUAACUCAGUUUCCUCGCCUGUAAUCGUUGGCGUUUAAAUGAAAACGUUCCAAAAAUGAGCUCAAUCUUAUGAGGAAUCAAGACUCAAACAUGACCAUCCACUUUUUUCGGCAGAUGUCUAUUUUCGGCCAUAAAUCUUAGGAAUUAUACUUUUGGUAGUAUGUUCACCGCUUCCAUUUUACUGGACUAAACUAGUUCAGCUGGCGUUUAGCUAUCUACUCCGGAAAUGAUGUAUUUGCUGGUAUCCUUAUUUUAUUAGCUUGAGGGUACUGUACGCCACAAAGCCGCAGAAAAGGAAAACGCAGCAUAAAGAAGUUUUUUUUGUUAACAAGGCUCAAAAUAUUGUCAAAAUGCAUGACUAUAGGGGCAAAGUUUGAUAUUGAAAUGAUCGCGGACUUUGUAGAAAAAGGGCACUUUAAAAAUGUGCGGGUUUUCUAGGGAAGACUGUUGUGAGUGAAUGGUGCCGUUCACGCAGGUCUUAUAAAUCAGCAUUUUACAGUUGCGUUGUCGAGUUCAUGAGGUGCGAUGUGGUCAGAUAGUUAAUUGUUAGAAUAUUUGGUUCUAUUUCAGUCUGACUUAAUAACAUAAACCCCACUGGUUUUAGCUGCCCAUUUGAAGCCAGUUAUCUAUUUUAAAGGAGCUUAGUAAAUACCAAUCUUUCUUGUAAUUAUCUUGUGGUAUAAUUUGCUUUUGUACCUUUAUAUUCCAAAGGUUAUUUUGUGUCUACAGCCUUUAAACCCUCUCCAACAUUAGAAACCGGUGGAAAUGUAUGGAGUUAGCGACCAACGCUUUUUCCCCAACGAUUUAGCUAGAAGCUUCUGGACAGCGGGGAUUCUAACAAGGAUGCCAUUUUAAGGGCCUUACAGGUUAUUUUAAGGGCAAUGGACUCGUGGCGCAGUGGUUUGAGGCGUGGGCUUCUAACUAACAGGUCGCGAGUUCAAAGCUCGGGUUUUCCACACUUUGGGCUUGGGUAUGACUGUCUGACGACGGUUAAUAAGCCAGAAAUGGCCAUUCCAGUCUCCCUUGUCUUUGUCGGUAAUGCCAUUCUGCCUAUUUUAAGAUUAUUUUCUAUGCCUCUUAGACUUACACCAUCCCAUAGCUAAUCUCCUCCUCAAGUGGCCUCUUCUGCUUCCUGCCGGAUUCUUGUGGGCUUCUGUGUAUGCGCACCUGAAACUUUGCGUUGACCAGUCUACUUAGACAGCAAGUGCGUUUCUCGCCCACCAGUCAUGAGGUCUGACUGAACGCGAAUGCCUUUCCCCCCAUCUGUGGAAAAAACAAAUCAGGUUUGCAUUUACCAAGGGUUGUCCGUCAUUCGCCACAAAUACUCGAUCAAAUGCCCUUUCCUCACGUUAGGAAAGAUCUGGUUUUUGAUUGGUCCGACCGAAUGUGUCACCACACAAAUCCCUAAUAAUGUACUCGGUGAUGUAACGGAAAGCCAAAAUACGUGUCUGUACUCGGGCUUUACAUCUUCUGAAGUACAGGCACUUUGAAGAAAAAAGGUCUCCUUAAGCGUACUUCACAUUCAAGUAGCUCACAGAUGAGAGGACGCUUUUGGGGUAUUUGCGUCGGGAGGGCAGCGCAGAUCGAACCCUGAACCACAUUUCCCACGCAUUUCUCUUCUUCAACCGUGUGCGCACGGGGAGGUGCACGAUUCCUGCACACUAACUCUCAGCAUGCACAUAAAGCACACCAAAGCUGCAAAUCGCUCGAAAUAUGGCGAAGGUGGGGUGUAGGACCCCCAACUAAAUUGAGCUAGCCGGUAGACCGUGUCAUACGUUGAAUGAUGGUAGAGGGGGUUUUAGGGGUGUAGCAGCACACAGGACGGAGAUCAAGGAAACACAAAAAAUAGAUACACGUCUGCCGAUAAUCUUAUCGUACGCUGUCAUUCGGCAAUGAAAGUGAGCACGACGAUUAGAAAACAAACAAGCAAUUUUCAAAAGAAUUGCGGACUUUGAAAAAAGCGUAGCUGGUUAGUUUACAUUUAGUCAGGGAGGGAAGGAAAUUCCAAACAAUGGGAACGGGAACAACAAGUGAUUGUCACAGUCACACAGAAUUUUAGGGGGCAUUUUUGUAGUUGCCAUCUACUUGGGGGUCAUACACCCUAUCGUUGCCCGAAUUAUUUUUAGAUGCAUAAACAUGCUCUCCACGGAGUUCGCGCUUGGGCGACUACGUUUUCACGGUCAGCAGAUAAUUUUAUUCUUUAGAACUUCGACCAGCUGAGGGAUAUUAAUUUUGGAGCUCUGCGAUCUGUCUUAAUGUUCUACUAAGUACUGAAAGACAUUGAUAUUAAGUUUGCCAGUUCCUUGUAAAUAUUUUGAGGCAUCAGGUGGUCACCUAAAUUAUGGUUAAAAUUCACUGAACUUCUGACUAAUACUGAGUAUGUUUAAUAGCAAAACGAUAGCAUGCUGAGGUCCCAUUAACAAAUGCCUCAUCAUGGUGGUUCCCCGCUGUGGGAAAAAGGAAUUAAUUAUGCUUUCCACAUGCAUUCUUACCGUAAGAAGAGCAUCAUCGAUCAGGUCAUGGGACGUUCACGUCUGAUUGCACCUUGGGCAACUUGUCGCAUAGCGACCAGUAAUAUAUGCAGAAUGCGAUUGCCCACAAAAGCUAGGGAGACCGGAAUGGCCAUUUCUGGCUUAGUAGCCGUCGUCAGUCAGUCACACCCAACCCCAAAUUAUGGAACACCUGGGGCUGGAUCCAGCGACCUGUUAGUUAGAAGUCCGACGCCCCUAACUACUGAGCCACGAACUCGUUGUCCUGUCCAAUGGUGAAGGGACGCUCACCGAUCGUUCUUACGGAACUCACUCACCUCGCUGUUCCUUAAGGGCUCUCUCUCUCGAGCCCAACCAGCGGCGCAUGAUAUAGACAGAAGUGUCACUACCGGUAAAGACAGGCUGACAACGGCUUAUGAGCCAGAAAUGGCCGUCCCAGUCUCUCUUGUCUUUGUCGGUAAUGACGUUCUGUCAUGCGCCGCUGUGCGGCUACUAGUUUGGCUCAAUAAAGAGCCAUUCAGACACGACGGGAUGAGUGAGUUCCGUAUGAAUGAUCGAUGAGCGCGCCUCUAACAUCCCCGCCAAUUACGCACACUGACUUCAUCUUCCAGGAUUUGCAGGUGAUUUAAGUUUUAGUUGAUCAGGUCCAAUGAGACGGUGAUCCACCCCGCUGCUGUCUUUGAUUGAUUUAGCGAUUCAACCUCGAGACUGCAAAGUGAUGACCGCGGAAUCAGUCGACGACAAGUUUUAUAUUUAUCACGAGUGUCCUGGAGAUAACUCCUUCCGUCCGUCAGACACGUAGUUCGGCACAUGUUAUUGAGGAGAUCAAGGGUACAUCGAUCUUGUAGUCUCACGAUUGGGAGGCCAGCACUCAACAAAAUCCCUCAUCUAUCGACACUGAGGGACGCCCACCGAUCGUGAUACGGUACUAACUCGUCCCGUUGUGCCUUACGAGCUCUCUCUCUCGAUCACGGCCAGCAGCUACACAGUGGCGCGUGAUAUGGGCAGAAUAACAGUAUUGAGAAGGACAAGGGGACUGGAAUGUCAUUUCUGGUUUGUCAGCCGUCGUCAGUCAGUCAUACUCAACCCCCAAGAUGUGAAAAACAUGGGUCUGGGUGAUCUGGGAUUCGAAUCCGGGUUCUAGAGCCAUUGAGCGUGAUAUGAUCGAAAGUUGUGUCAUUCGGAGACGGAUCCCGUAGGGAUGCUUGUACAAAAGUCUUUUUAGGACACUUGAUCAUGUUAACUCGCUUAGACACCAAUAUUUUAGGAGUUAAAAGUAUUUUGUGGAAAAUUUCUACUAACCGCUGAGAGUUGUCUUUGAAUUGCAUGCAUAGCACUCCUCCCUGGAAACAGAGAUAUUUCUACUUCAUUUCACCCUGUUUUGAAAAAUGUACAUGCAAAUGUUCCUUGUAUCAAAGAGCGUUGUAGUCAAUUUAAAUCCCUUUGUUUUUACCUUAAAUUUACAACGUGCAUAACCUGCAGGAUUUAAUGGUGUAAACAUUCCGCGAUUACUUAUCAACUUUCUUCGUUGCUACAUAUCAUUAGAUAACCGGUUAAAUUACUUCAGAUGGCGAAUACUGUUCACUGUUCCCGAAAGCUGAGCUACAUGAAAACACGCUGCCUGCAGAAGCAACUAUCGAAUCUGUCGUGCAUCUAAUACUCGUUACCCAUGUUAUGAGACGACAGAAAUCGGCUGAUAAGCAGUCUAAAAUAUUCCUUUAGCAAAUAUAUUCCGCUGUUUGCCCUUUUUUAGACAUCCAUGAGCAGACUACAUUUACCACAAAUAUGACAUACAUAUUGAAAUCGGCACAUUCUAAGGGUAAACUAAAAAGCACUGAAAUGUUUUCUCUUUCUGGAUUAAUCAUCCAUGCCUUCCAUACAUUAGUUUUAAAGCAGUAUAACGCCCACCCAAACUGCUACGGGAAUUGAAAAGUUUCAUUAGGCCUUUCAAAAAGUAGCACGCUUUACGUGGAAGACGGACAUGAACUGAAAACGCAGGUGGUACUUUUGGAGUCAUUUGUUUCCUGACUGACUACCCCUCUGUCGUCCAUCCUCAUUCUUCCCGGCCAGAUCCAUUUUUUCUGUAUUUAACUUUUGAAGCAGGAUUGUUUGAAUUUGAUGAAGUCUGCCCGAACUUUUCCUUAGUUGUUGAACACCAACUCGAUCACAUAACUUCCAGGUGACUUCUGACAGCAUAUGGCUUUACGUUGGCCAGCGGCAGGUUUUUUUGGUGAUGGGAACUGGCAGGCCGCACCUGUCGCUGACAUUAAUUAGCCUGCUUACAUCGCCUGCAUCAGGCUGUGGGAAAGUACACCCUCUUUCCGCACUUCUGAUUGCAUUGCCCGCUCCUGACAGUAGCUCAUCUGCCCUUUUUUUGCCCCCCUCCGAUCAUUCCAACAGGCAUCUGUCCCAAGGAGUGCUGCCCCUGGUCUUACCCCCAACGCUGCCAUUGCAGUGAGGCCCAGGCGCAGAGCAUGCCCGGUUGUCGUGAUCGUAUCACCGCCUUUGUGGAGGAGAAUAUGCAGGCCAUCACGUACAUCCUCUCGGCCGUCCUAGGUCUACAGGUGACUUUCAUCCGCCCCCCCCCCCUCCAUUUUAUCUCUCUGUGGUCCGCGGGGGGAGUGUCCUGCUCCUGGCCUGAUUUUUGCCCCUUCACCCUGUUUACUGCUAAUGUUUGGCUCUCAGUUUCCGAAACAAGAGCUUUUAUUUGUCAUGGAUUCAGUGGAGUGUUACAAAACACUGUGGCUGACUCCAGGUUCACUUACGUGCACUCCCCAUUGACGUGCGACUUUACAAAAUCCUAUCCAAAGGACGCUGUCAAAGAUGCUUCCUAAUCUGAAUGCCACUCGUAACUGUACUCAAAGAAGACUCCGGUCUGCUAGUGUGAGCAUGUCUCGGGACACAUCGUAGGACAGAUUUUUUUAGGUAGACGCAUGGUGGCACAGCAAAGACUGUGGCACCAAGUCAAGCGCGGCCAUGCCGCCUCUAUGCCCGAAAAGCAAUUAUAAGAAAUUUUAGCAUGUGUACUUGGAAGAGUUAGGCGUUUUUAGCGUCCAUUUCACUGUCUAGUUGCUAUUAUUGUUCGUCUUAGUGAACGACUUUUCAGCUAUUAAACGCACAUCAGUGUCUCCACAUUCUCCACAAAUUUGUACAGGUUUUCCAUAAUUAUUUGUUCAAGAUCACGAACUCAGAGAAUGAAUGCCAUCAGAUUUGCACUGGUACUAAAAGGGCACCUAAAAAUAGCCUUUCACGAGAUGUCUAAAGCACUCAAAACUCUGGCAGACUAGUGACGGUCUUUAAGGACCUAUAGGGGCAUCGCAGGCUUUGCUCAAUAAUUUUGGCUCCCAUAACUAUAUAAAGCAGAAUAAAAUGCAUUUGAAGGAUUUAUUUACAUCUUCCUGCACAGCACUCCCGUCUUCACUUCUGAAAAAUUACCAAAAACCACCCUACAGGCCUCAUACCAAUUUCCUUCUCAAAGUUGGCGUCUGUUCCAAUCAGGAGAUGGGAGCACUGACUUUAUGAAUCCUUUUGGUGUUUUUUGUAAAUUUGGGCUGAGAGACUAAGUCCCCCUAUUUUCUAUUUAUGUUUUGCAAGAACCCUACGUUAUCAUCUAGGUAUAUUUUUUAAUGGCUUAACUCUGUUGAGUUCUCAAAAUUCUAAAAUGCCUUUUCGACUAGAAUAGAUUACCUAAGUACAGUGAGUGCCCAAUAUCAUGAAAUGUUCGCCAAAAUUCUAAAGUGCUUUUUCGAUUAGGAAGGAUUAAUUAGGUGGAGUUGUAAUACCGAUUAUCUUGCGGCGUAAUCCUAUAAAAUUUCGGACACGGCAGGAUAUCGGCUUUCAAAUGCACGUCUUUUUUAUCUCCUGUAGAAGUCGGGCUCGGCAAAAAAUGACUACUUAAGUAGCAUGCAUUUUUCCAAUUGAUUUUCGAUGGCCUUGCAAAUUCAAAUACAUUUUAUAAGAACUUUUAGCGAAAAUAUGCUUUCUUUCACUCGUUUGAUAGGGAACCACCUCAUCUUCAUAUUUUAUACUCGAAGAAGCAGUAUAAUUAGGUUUUUAAAAAUUUGCUUAAUUUCCGAAUAAUUUGGAGCCUGAUCAGCCGUUGCAUAAGGGCCUAGUGAUUGCAGUCUACAAACUUCAUGCGUUCCGCGUAAAGAAAAUCACAUAUGUUUCUAUGCCUUUAAAAAGAUAUUAUAUAGAGUCCAUAAAAUUUUGCAAUGGAUGCGGACUAUGUUGUACAUUUUAUGAGGAGCAGUAGUAAAAGGACAGGUAUGAUGCUGUAUGAAUAGACAUCGCAUGGUCUUAAAAAAUCUCAUAAUAAGAAACUUUUUAAAAACCUACUUAUACUGCUUCUUCGAGUAUAAAAUAUGAAGAUGAGGUGAUCCCCUAUCAAACGAGUGAAAAAAGAAUAUUUUGCCACAAGAUAAUCAGUAUUACAACCCUACCUAAUUAAUCCUUCCUAAUCGAAAACGCAUUUCAGAAUUUUGGCGAACAUUUCAUGAGUUAGCAAACCUGUACCUUGCAGCUCUACAAAGAUAGCGCUGAACCCAGAAUUGCAACUGCAUAUGCGAACCAGCAGCUGUUAACAGGAAAAAAAACUUUCAUAUGAUUUCCGAAUCCAUCUGAUGAGGGCGAGGCAUAGCUAGUGCACGAUGCAUGAGCGUCCAACCAAGGCCCUCACACCCACCAGCGGUUAGGACGGCUCACUCACCUGCACACUUUUUUCGAAUCUGUGACAGCCAAAAUAUGCCUGAAAUGUUUUAUCUCUGUCGUUACACACACGAUGGGCGUUGCCAUUCUCCGGACUGGAACCACUGUUAUUACUGUCAGGCAGACGCAAUAUAUUAAUUUUGGUAGAACCAGACGCCACGCCCACCAUGUCCAUCACCAGCGCACAGAUAGUCUCUAAUCCUAAGCGACUAUCGGGCAUGUCACAGUGAAUUCCAGACUCACGCGAACGACCGUUUCUGAAACUCACCAAAUGGGGCUAUUGAUAUCUGGGAGUCAGCUCCAUGCACUGGGCAAAGAAAUAGGAGUUUGAUGUGGUUAUGUAGCCCCACCUGAAGUAAACAAACCCCAGUCACCUCUAAUGCGGGACCGGUGGUAAUAAGGGCUUUUACAGGUGAGUCCGAGAAACGCACAGGCGACGAGGCCAAGUGGUUUUAUGCAAAAGAAAAGCUAUCGGGAAUGCGCGGCUGUACUUUGAACGGUUGAGACAUAGUCUCCCUAACCCCUAAGCCUAACUCCUAACUAUAACUCCUAAUUCUAAACCCUAACUCUAGCCUCUAGCCCUAACCCUUACCCCCAACCCCAACAGUAUUGUAUCCAUCAGGUAGGGCAACCUAACCACAUCUCACCGAAAUAAGAUAUAAUUUGGCCUGAACUGCAGGACAGUUCACUCCUGGCCAAAUUCGCACGUUUAGCCUGAUGGCUAUUUGGUGCUGUGAUCUUGUUUUUAUUGUGUUUCCAGGUCUUCGACUCGUUAUAAGUAUCAAAACUCAUGUUUGGUUGAGUAAAGACAUCACAUCUAAGGAGACGACUCGAUCGCAGGAACAGGGUUUUUCUUUGUCGGGCGUUUUAGAUUCAUACUAAGCCAGUAUCAGAGACACACAGGGAGUGUAAUAUUCAUGAUAUACCCGACAGCACCCGCACGAUAGGGGCUUCUAUGUUCGCAUUUAAGUUACUUUUUGUCGUAAUUUAUCAUCGCCAUCUAUUAUUGGUGCCGGCAGUCUGGUUCAUCCAUAUGACCACUAGAAGCAGUUUUCUCCCGCGUGGCUAAUUAUCCUGUUCAGAUAAAGUGUGAGGCCAGAAUAUGAUGCAGGGGUCGUUGCAAUUGCUGACAGAUUCCGGUCUUAGGGCCAUGACUCAAUCUCCCAUCGGUUCAUGGGUUAGUGCACACCUGCUUUGUUGAACUCCUUCGUAUACUUUAGCUCCUAUGGUAACCAAGGCAAUGAAAAUAUUCAUUUGGUGUUCUACAUUUUUAGUUUUGCACAUUAUUUUUAGGAGGAAGUCAAUCGGCGUCUUUUUGAAACUCUCUUUUGUAGUUUAGUUCCGAGGGCACAAUAUUUCACAUCAAAAAUUGUCCGAAUGUUUACCUGCUAUCGUACUUUCGCCAUCUAGCCUCAUCCAAAAAGUUUGUAUUACCCGGUUACUGUUGCUUGUGUGGGGACGCAUACUGCGUCCUUGCCGACUGCAGAAUGAACCUGAGGGAACUCGUCUUCCGGAGCAACUUUUCCUAAACUUUCUCCUAUUUCAAACAAGCUAGAGGUUUCCAAUCGUGGUAAGGGUAGGUUGCGUAACCUCAAACCAUACCACUCCAUGUAACAGGUGCACGCAAUGUUAGACUCCACCAAAUAGGACGAAAAGACACUCUUCAAACAUUUUUUAUGCAACAAGCCUUUUUGUCGUUCAGGCAAUUGUUUCUUCACUUUUGUCGACUGCAAGCUCAUAAAUGAAGCGGACUAACAGCGCACCGCAUCAAUUGAUCACUUCGCGUAUCUUUCCAGAAAUACGAACAUCGAGAGCCCUCCUUGCCUAUGGUGUAAAUAUGAAGCUGUAUCAUGCGUCUGAUUCCAUUAUCAUGCCAAUUGCAACUUCCUAAUUAUGAGUCAAUAGUCCGAAAUACUGUAAACUUAUCUUGCGUGUUUGAGAUGACAGUUCAGCCGUCGUUCCUGAUGAUGUCCAUCGUGUGACAGCAGGCGCGGCGAGUUGCAUGUGAAAUAAUUUAUAGCGAGAGUGUACUUGCGCACUCACCUUCGCCCGCUGUCAAGGCACAGCCAAGAAGACCGGACGGAGGAAAGGGCUCAGGUGGCCGGUGCGGACUUAUUUUUGAUUUCCGAAUCCAUCUGCUGAGGGCGGAGCAUAGCUAGUGCAGGAUGCAUGAUCGUCCAAACAAGGCCCUCACACCCACCAACGAUUAGGACGGCGCACUCACCUGCAUACUUUUUUCGAAUCUGUGACGGCCAAAAUAUGCCUGAAAUGUUUUAGCUCUGUCGUUAAACACACGAUGGGCGUUGCCAUUCUCCGGACUGGAACCACUGUUAUUACUGUCAGGCAGACGCAAUAUAUUAAUUUUGGUAGAACCAGACGCCACGCCCACCAUGUCCAUCACCAGCGCACAGAUAGUCUCUAAUCCUAAGCGACUCUCGGGCAUGUCACAGUGAAUUCCAGAAUCAAGCAAACGACCGAUUCUGAUACUCACCAAAUGGGGCCAUCGAUAUCUGGGAGUCAGCUCCAUGCACUGGGCAAAGAAAUAGGAGUUUGAUGUGGUUAUGUAGCCCCACCUGAAGUAAACAAACCCCAGUCACCUCUAAUGCCGGACUGGUGGUAAUAAGGGUUUUUCCAGUGGAGGCCGGGGAGCGCACAGGCAACGAGACCAAGUGGUUGUAUGCAAAAGAAAUGCUACCGGGAAUGCACGACUGUAAUUUGAAUGAUUGAGAAAUAGUUGCUCCAACCCUAAACCCUAACUCCUAACCCUAGUCCUAACCCUUGACCCCAACGCCAACAGUCUUGUGUCCAUCAGGUGGGGCUACUAAACCACAUCUCACCGAAAUACGAUAUAAUUUAGCCUGAUCUGCAUGACAGUUCACUCCUGGCUAAAUUAGCACAUUUAACCUGAUGGUCAUUUGGUGCUGUGAUCUUGUUUUAUUGUGUGCCUCCAGGUCCUUGACUCGUCCUAAGCAUCAAAACCCAUAUUUGGUUGACUGAAGGCAUCAGAUCUGAAGAGAAAGUAACUCGAUCGCAGAAACAGGGCUUUUCUUUGUCUGGCGUUUUGGAUUCAUACUAAACCAGUAUCAGAGACACACAGGGAGUGUAGUAUUCAUGAUAUACUCGACAGCACCCGCACAAUAGAGGGCUUCAAUAUCCGCAUUUAAGUCACAAAUUGUCGUAAUUUAUCAUCGGCAGCCUGGCUCAUCUAUACGACCACUAGAAGCAGUGCUUGCCGCGUGGCUACUUAUCCUGUUGGUGUAGGGGUCGCUGAAAUCGCUGACAGACUCCGGUCGUGGGGCCAUUAUUCAAUUUCCCACGAGAUUGGUCACACCCGCUUUGUGGAACUCGUUAUUAUACUUUAGCCCCUUUGGUACCCAAGGCAAUAAACAUAUUCAAUUGUUUUUUUACUGUAGCGUCCAACCUCAAAAGGGGUUCGGUGGCCGAGAGUUCACUCACGUCCUUUGGAGUUACCUGGGGCGGAACGUCGGAAAUUGAGGCCCUCUGUCCGAUUUGUGCACCGUUAAGAUCGUCCUUCCAAAUGUUUAUUAGCGAAUAACAAUCUUCAAGCAUACGAUAAGCCGCGUAGUACUCUAAGGUUUAUUGAGGAAGGCAAAAGGAGAACGUAGAACGAAUACAAAGCAAAGGGAGAUUUAUUAGUCCAACAAAACGUUAGUUUCCCAGUUGUCCAGGGAAGGUGGAGUCAGAUGCUGCCACCGGGGAGGGGGGGUCCUCUUCUUCAUGCACCUUACUAUAAAAAACAAGAGAAAGCAGACAGAUAUUGUCCAGACACCAGGCACCCUUGCUCCCAAAAUUAGCGCCCUUGUCUAUUAAAACAACCGUUCAUGUGUGUCUGCCACAUUACAUUUUCAGUUUUACAAAGUACUUUUAGCAGGAAGUCAAGUGGCGACUUUUUGUAGUUUCACUUCGAGGACACAAUAUUUCACUCCAACAAUUGUCCGAAUGUUUACCUGCUAUCGCACUCUACUUUCUGCCGUCUAGCACCAUCCAUAAAGUUCAUACUACUUGGCUAUUUUUUUGUGUGGGGUCGCGAUUUUUUCAGGUUGUCACUUUUUAAUUUCCUUAGAAAUUAUCUAUGAAGUUGGAGUAGAUCAGUUUAUUCAAGACUCAAGCCGAAAAUUUUAUACAUGAAUAUUUUGGCCAAAGUCCAUCAGCCACAGCGGGUAACCGCGUAAUAUUUAUUAACUGCCGAUAGGCAGCUAGUAGUAUACUUUAGGGUAAGGUGAUACCAUACUAAGAAAACACACGGGGAAUGCUGGGGGACUCACUGAGGAGCCGAACCCCUCUCAACUGCGCCAUGCAGCGUCAGAACAUCGGCGAAACACGUGUGUAUGGGCUUUUGGCUAGUGUCUGUGCUGCUAGUAUGGUAUCACCUUACCCUAAAUUAUUGCAGAUAUCUAGUCUUUUUUCGGCCAAUUUCGCUGACACCGCCCCCUCCCUUCCUCCGCGCACAAGCUGUGCGUCCCACAAAAUGCCCAUCGUUGCUGCUUUAACAGUUAAUUUUAGACUCAGAUGACCAUGCUCCAGUCCGCCCGACCUUUUCUUCUUUAAAAGAAAGAAAUAGCUAUCCUCCUCUGUCUCCUCUAUUUUAUUUUAGGCCCUCCUCUUCGUGCUGGCCACCUGGCAACUGUGUGCCGGCAAGUGCGGCUAGUAGCUCGCGGAUCUUUUUACCUUCCUGAGCCCAGAUCCAUUUCCAUUCGGCCCGCCAUCUCACCCCGACUCCAAGGCCCCCGUCCCCCCUCCCCAGUUUCCACAGGCGUGAAAUUUGUAACUUCCGCCCACCGAAAACUGCAAUAUACAUAUAUUUUGUGCCGUGCCAAAAAUUGGACAGAAAAAUAGGCAAAAGGGUUGACCAACUUGCCUAGUUCACCGUAAUCCUAUUUUUGAUUUUGUGCCUGUGUGGACUCCUCGAUGGAGGUGAAUUUUCAGACGAUACCUAUUGACUUUCUUUGACAGAAUGCAAACUAUUGCCUACUGUAAACAGAGAACAUUUCCCUUCAUGGAUAAAGGCGCUUUGUGCAUUAGAGCACGACAUGCCAGACCCAGGGCGGACAAAUACUUGGGAUUUUUGUUUGGUAAUUCACCAAUACCAUUCGGAUUUUUUAACCGAUGUUGAAGAUGACGUUGAGACUUUCAGGUAAGUCGUGAGACUCAUUUAUCUGAACGACGCCCCGACAACUGAGCAGAGUCGUCGUCUUCUAGCACGGUCUGGAUUUACCGUUGGAGUUAACUGGUCGCGAUGUUCUGCCCAUUUCGACGAUUAUUUGGCGACUUUAUAUUUUUUAGUAGAGAGAUCAUUGUGAUGAAAAAAGGAAGUAUAGGUAAAAACUCUAAACUCAUUUGCACGCAAGUGAAAAUAGUCCAACAAUUCGAUUUCGAAUUACAACGUCGAUAACGGAAGUAAAAUGGCAAGGGUAGGGUUUAUGCCGGGAUUUCUUACUCCGGAGAUCAGUUGUGCUAAAAGAAAGUAAAUGGCGACAAGUAUCUGUACAAGCCAGAGAAAGGAAUAUAAAACCUCGCGGCGGCUGCCGUCUGAAAUAUUUUUUUGACAAUGUCUGCAGAGGGGCACUAAAUUCAUUUACUGUUGUCAUUAGAUAAUUAAAAUAGUGUUACAUUUUACUUGGUGACGGUAUGUAAGAUCAGAUUGCACGGCACCACAAAGUUCUUAGAUGUUCAGCCCAUUUGCUCAACUCUGAACUUAUUCGCCCGCACGUGAAAAUGGUCCAACAUAUCGAUUUCCAAUUACAACUUCGAGUACGGAUAUAAAAUGGUAAGGGUAGGGUUUAUGACGGGAUUAAUUACCGCGGGAAUCAUUGAUGCUAGAAGAAAGUAUGGUAGGUGGGCUAACUCAUGAAGUGUCGACCGAAAUUCCGAAGAGCGUUUUCGUUUCAAAAAGAUGAAUUAAGUAGUGUUGCAAAAACCAGUCAGCCUGAAACAAAAUUCUAUAAUAUUUCAGUUACCUCAGGAUGUCAGCUUUCGAAUGACUUUCGUUCCGGUUGCAUGCAUAAAACACAUUCUGUAAAAAAUGGCUACUUAAGUAGCAUGCAUUUUUCUCUUUUAUUUUCGGCGCCCCUAAAAGUCCAAUUAUAUUUCAUGGGAAACGUGCAAAAAAUAAUCAUUCUUUUGCUCAUUCGGAAAAUACUUACGUCUUUUUCUAAGUUUCUACUCGAAGGAGGGUCAUACUUCGAUUUUAACAAUUUUUCCAAUUCCGGAAUAAUUUCGAACCGUUUUUACCGUUGCAAUUUGAUUCAGGGUUUCCAACGUACAAGUGGUAUAAUUUCCGCGUACGAAAAACCCCAAAUUUCUCUACGGUAAUAAAGGGAAACUAUAUAGGGUUCAUAAACUUUAGCUGCGGAUUUGGUACAUGUUGUUAACUUUACAAGCCACAUUCGUAAAUGCAGAGACAUGAAGAUUUAUGAACGACUAUUUCACGGCAUUAAAAAAUCUCACAAUUAAAAACAUUUUUGAAACCGAGUUAAGCUCCUCCUUCGGGUAUAAAAUUGAAAGUAGACGUUAUUUUUUCCGCAUAAAUAAAAGAAUGAAGAUUUUAUGCGUCUGUUCCAUGAAAAAUAUAAUUGAAUCUUUAAGAGCAUCGAAAAUCAAUGUGCAAAAUGCAUGCUACUUAAGUAGUCACUUUUUACAAAGUAUAGCUUUUGCAUGCAGCCGGACGGAUAUUCGUUCGAAAGCUGACAUCCUGAGGUGACUGAAUUUUUAUAGAAUAUUACUGCAGGUUGAUUAGUUUUACAAUUCCACCUAAUUAGUCUUUUCGAAAAGAAAACGCAUUUCGGAAUUUCGGUAGACAUUUCAUGAGUUAGCCCACCUACUGUAACUGGCGACAAUUAUUUGUACAUUUCAGCGAAAGGAAUAUAAGACCUCGCGGCGGCUGUUGUCUGUAGGUGGUUAAGAUGAAAAAUACAACAAUGUUAUACCUUUUUUGACAGUGCCUACAGAGGUGCAUUAAAUUCAUUUUUUAUUGUCAUUAAAUGAGUAAAAGUGUCAAAUUUUACUUGGUGACGGUAUGGAAAAUCAGAAUUUAAUAUUACCACAAAAUUCUUGAAUGUUCAGCUCUUUUCCUCCGCAAAAAUGCUUUCCGGAGUAAGUAAUCCUGGCCAUAAACUAUACCCUUUUCAGUAAAAGUAUUAAAAACUUUAAGAUAACAAAUUUUAGCAAUUCAAUUAAGGAAGUUAUUCCUGGACAACAACAGGUCUUAUCAACUGACAAUGGAUGGUUCAGAAACGUCUUUGUCAAGGCCAACCAACACCGGAUUGGUAGUUUCGGUCGUUUUAACUGUAAAGAACCGGCGAUACCUCAGCUCUGAUAACCGACAUACCUGAGGUUCGACGUAAAACGUGACCACAAUUCCAGUAGAACUGUGUCUAUCAGGUGGAGUUACAUUACCACAUAUUGCCGACAAAGCAUACGCAAUCGAAAUUCCUGGUCCAUGAUAGCGAUAUUUCUAAAAAAAUUGUCUGAGCAUUGAGAACAUACAAUGACUACAGUGCAGCGUAAAAGAGAUGCCAUGACGAUUGGAAAUACGGCCAAAAAACUAGGCCACGCAGACUAGUUCCUCCGACAACGCAGAGGAAAGAGAAGUAGGCGGUAAAAAGCAACUUGUGGAUAGUGUUUGUCACAGAACUGAGCUCCGGUGCCAAAAUUGCCGACAUCGUCCGAAAAAAUUGUCGUUUUAUCAAGACCUCGUACGCAGGUUUGUCGUUGAUCUCACGAAACACGCGUUUGUGCACCAAACUGUGAUGCAAAAGGCGAGCAUUUUGCGAAUUUGAAAAGGUUUUUGUGUUAAGCAUGCUCUUGGCCUAGAAAAAGUCGAAACACACGGAGGAUGAAGUCGAAGUUCUCAGAAGACUGUGCUCACUGAGUGUCAUUAGAGACGCAGCAUUAACUUAUCGCGAUCGUAUUCGGAUUAGGGGAUCUGCUGUUAAGGGUAAAAUAUUUUCUGGGAUAGCUAGAAUGAAGUCCUUUACAGGGCGGUAGGAAUUCAUUUUAGCAGAAGAGCGAUAAUGGCAGUUUUCUAGUCGAUCGCAAAACAAUAUAUGCAAAGAUGAAGGAAGAGAUGAUGAUGAUGAUGAUGAUGAUGAGGAGGAGGAGGAGGAGGAGGAGGAGGAGGAGAAGGAGGAGGAGGAGGAGCAAGGUGAUUAUUGCUACAGCAAGGGUGCGCAAAUGCAAAAACAAAUAGGUGGUUUAUGAUGACAAAUGGGAGAAUAGGCAAACAAGCGAUUGAGAUGCGCAUGGUAAUUGGCCAUGUUUUUCGUAUCGAGUGUUCUGGAUACUUACUCAUUUCGAAGUUCUCAACCUAAUCCACUUUCAUCGAUUCUUUUAGACGAACGUUGCAUGACUUUGCAUUAACCAGUACACCCCGCCACAUAUAUACUGUCUGCAGUUACUAUGUCUGAAAAUAUAGCCCGAGCAACGCGAUCACGGCUUGCUAUGAAAGACACGGCACGAAGGAUCUGGGGGAAAUACGCAUACCGCCUUCGCCAAACGCACUGGUGAACCAUGGUCGAUGUUUUCGUUUCGCAUCCCAUCGGCAUCCAGCACAUAUAUGUGGUCCUAUGAUAUCGUGUUCGGCACGUCGGUCACAUCAUGAAAACCCUGUUUGACUGGCGGGCUAAAGCGGAUGGGGAUAAGUGCAGAAGAGUCGAGCACCAGAGCACUUUGUUUAUUGUUCUGAGCUUUCAGACUCGUGCAGGAGUCCAACGUUAAAGUUAGUAGCAGCAGCAUAACAAGCGACAGUCAUAAGGCAUGUAGGUCUAUCAUCGACCAACGGCGCAAGACUGGAGGUGACUACUCAGGGCUCUGUACGCCGACGUCAGAUCGAUAAAUCGAUUGACGAUGGACUCCUACACGAGUCUGAAAGUUCAGGACAAUAAACAAAAUGUUUCGGUGCUCGACACUUCGUCUUCCCAUAUGCAUACAUCUGGAACUCGAAAUUUCGCCUUCAUUCGCGGAUGUGGAUACCGAGAAACUGUCGAACUAACUUUUAAACUCCCAAGAAGAUUCUACGGAGAGGGCGACACGCAAUCGAGUAAGCGAUCCAUGCCAACUCGGGUCAUCUUCCUACUAAAAGUCGUAUCCUAUUGUGUGAUCCGAGAGCCGCCUGGGAUGAUUCAGCACCCCUUCUUAGAAAUAACACUGUUUACCUCCUCGUGAACGAAGGACUUGAAAAAAUUCCUCAAAAAUUGUUGCUAAGACAUAUCACUGACAAGCUGAUUGUAGGUUUUGCACGCAUAAAAUGUCGCCCGAAAACUUCAACGGCAAUAGCAGGGUGCAGGACGUUUCAGCUUGAAGGAGUGCCGGGCCAUCGAACAGCUGAGUCUUUCCCCUGACGGACAUUUUUUCCCUCAGCUGAUGCGCAUCCGAUCUUGGGUACACCUGCCAGUCAUCAGUACUUGCCUAGAUUUCCCAAGUACAUACAUCGGCGCAUUAUUUAGAGUCCACCGACAGCUAAUCGUGGUCCUUCAGCCUACCGUUGUCCCUGUAACAGAAAACAACACCUGUCUCCUUCCCCUCCAAAGCCUCUCCACAGGCUGCUACAGUGAUACUGUUCCUUUUUGACAAUCUGAUGGUAAAACAUCGUUUAUCGUGUUCGGUGCAGUUCCUUUAGAAUGAACUACGUUGGACAAGCUCGCGAAAGCAGUGAGAAGGUCUCGCCGGUGGCGGAACUCUGUGCGUGCUCUGGACAUAUUCUCACCUUCUAGGAUGCUGAAAUCCCAGGCCGAGUUAUCAACCAAUCAUCCAGAGAGACGCUCGAAGUUUGGCUUACCCCACAAACUCCUGUCAGUCGCUGAACUACCAUCGCUGUGACUUACUAGGCCUCACGAGUGCUGCUCUAUCAACGAAAUUGCAGGCAAGAAUUCAGACUGGACGCCAUCGUAAGCAAAUCCAUACCGAUCAAGUACACUGGCCGCGUGAACGUCUUUCCGACACAAACGCAAACCAGCAAGACCUCCUGUCAGGUUUGAACGCAGACACGCAUGGGUACGGCUCGUGCAUUGACGCCAGUGAUGGAUGUCACCAGCCUGAUAGGAACACAGACACUGACAAUGGCUCAAAAACUACCUACGAGACGCAAACAAACAGACACAAACGGGAGGGCGAAUAAGAGCUUUGCAGGUCUGUGACAGCAAAUGCGGACGAUGCAGACGAGAUCAAUAGUCGGCGCCACCCUCCGACGACAGGAAAGCGGAAGGCACUGACCAGCAUGACAGCGAUCUAACAGCACGCCAGUAUGUUCAGUAGCCACAAGUCCCGUAGGGUGCCGUAAGGGACAUACCUAGGACGAUGGAAGCUUGUUUGCGCUUGAAACGUUAGGAUACUAAACUUAUGGUUUCCGUGGUCGCUUCGUCUUCUCAUCAUCAAGUACCAGAUACAAGUAGCACACCAGGCGGCCACUACCUUACGCACACUGCACGUACACCCUAAGGACAGGGUUGGCCACCUCGAGAGAAAAGGUCUACAAAAUCCCAUGUUCUAGUUGUGUUGCCGUCUAUUGUGGCCAAACUGGGAAAUCUGUUUCAACCCGUAUGCAUGAACACCAGUUGUCGGUAAAGAGACGCGACCAUCUAUCCCAGGGGGCCAUGCACACACUGGACACACAUUCGCAUGGGAAAACAAUCGCAUUAUUGGCGCCUGCCCAAUAAGGAAAGGCCGCGAAUUUCUUGAGGCAAUGUACUCAGAUGAAGCAUAUAUCAACCAGCAUAUCGAUCUAGAUGCCACAUACAAAAUCGUUAAGGACAUAUUCAGACUGACUCGACCAAUCCCGAGGAGAUGAUUUUUACCAUUCAUAGAAUCCUUUGUCAGACUCGGUCUAGAAGUUGAUUGUUUUUGCACGCACGUUGUCUGAAGACGAGCUGGGGAACCAGUCUCGAAAAUGUACACAAUAAAGUUUACUGUUUCCCAAAGAAUUCCAUUUUCCUAAAUAUAUGUAGCGAGUAGGAACGACAGAGAAUGCGGGUAGAUUGAUACAGCACUGUUUCGGGCUUAUUUUGCCUUAAUUAAGCCAAUCAUAUCCCUAACCAGCAGCCGGAACCAGAAACACAAACCUGCGCACAAAAGCACCUGGCGCAAUUGAUUCACCACUGGGGCCUACCAGAUGGGUCAUAAGCACUUCAUCGAACAGAAGUUCAUCGGUGCCUUGCCACCUGUCAUUCUCUGUCGAUGCAGAUCGGGUAUUUAUCCAAUCAGGAAUGGACACAGACUGAUUUAUUGGCUUUACGAAGCAAACAAGCCCCGUAUGGGUGGCAAAGGCCACGAACAGGCAACCAAUUACCAGGCCGAAGUCGGCUAACGGCAAAGACAUAAUAGACAGGAGUGACCAUUGCUGGCCUAUCAGCUGUCAUCAAGCGCUAAUACCCGACCUCAUCUGGGGAUAACCUGAGAUUCGAUCUCGGGAUCUGGCUGAUACUUUUGUCGAUACCACCGCAACUAGCUAUACCACUAGUUGCUACGCCUGUGAGGGUCCUAGUUUGAGUCCUGAGGCACAACAGGAUCGGUGAACGGCGGUUUUCCAUAGAAAAUAUAAAUGAAGAAUUGUGUGUUCUCAAUGACAGCAGGCACGCAUUUAUGCUUUUAAUCCUAUAAUAGCUGACGGACUCAAGAUAAAAGCGUUUCACUACUCUUCGUUCAAGGGGGUUGCUAGACGCCUCCCAUGUAGUUUUCUUGUAAUUCGCCAGGACACAAAUCCGGGUUGCUCACGAUGCCUUCCACCGUAUUACAGCCAGCGUUAUUUACAUAUUAAAGACAUAUUAAAACACCACGUAAAAUACGCAGAAAAGCACCGUAUUAAAAACGCAUGUUGGCGGGCAUAGGUCUGCUUUCAAUAAAUUCUCAUCAGGCCUGUAGGUUUAUAUGGCUAUUGAAAUAAGAAAUCGCGGGCAAGCUAGAAGCCUUCCAGCUACGUUAGCAGAUCAACAGUCUGAGAUGCUAUGGAAGGCGCGCGGAUGAUAUAUUCGUGAUUGCACCGAAAAAAUGACGCCUCAGUUCUAUUGCACGAUAUAAAUCAGGUGACCUCAUUAAUAAACUGCACAUCCAGGUCCGCCUCCAUUUCCGGAUGUACUUCUGAGUAGGGAGUUUGACUGCAGUAUUCGACGUAGCGUUUAUUGCAAGGAAACAUGGUUUGGACAAUGCACCUAUUUUGGGAGAUUCGAACUCCUAGGUGUUAAACGUAAUUUAGUCCGCUGUUUGACAGAAAGGGUGAGAAGAAUCUGCUCAUCUGAUAGCAUUCAGAGAGAACUUAAGAUUGUCGGAAGUCUACUUCGCCAGGACGGGUACCCUAAUCUUUCUAUUACUAAGAACAUGACCGAAAGACCACAAAAGCCCCCGAUACUGACCGCAGGAAAGAAUAGGCUCUUCAUCAGGAUUUCAUUUCAAGGGUAUGCACCAAGUGAACUUUUAAGAAGACGCCUAACUCAAGCUGUAGCACAGACCUUUCCAGCAGCUGACUCCCGUAUACUGUUCUCCACCAGUCCCUACACGGAGAAGGCAUGGACAAACUGCCAGCUCAGACCACCACUAUGUGGGGCGGAAUAUAUUGACCGCACGAGCCGGCGUUUAUCCAAAAGAAUUAGAGAACGUCUUCUAGCAUGGUAAGGAAGGGCCUAAGUAAAGAACACUAACAGCUCUAUCCCCGCGCACACGCUAGACAAUGACCACCGUGUAGAUGCCAAAAGGCCUUUCGAGUGAUUUCUAAGGUUCCGUCAAGGUUUCCGUCAGGCUUUCUACUCAGAAGCACAUCCAGAAAGGGAAGCGGACUUGACUGUUCUUCUUCUUCAAGUGUGAAUUUGAUUGAUAGGUGCGCCUGGUUUAUCGAAAGCUGACACACACUCGUCAAAUUUCCUUUUGAAUUUUUCAGGGGGAAUUUUCGCAAAUCUAAAACUUGCUCAUGUAAAAUACAUAUAACAGCACCAUAUGACGAGCGAUUGUGGUAACUUUCGCAUAAACUCAUGGAAACUGGCAUAAGUAGUUGAUUCACGCUGAGAAUGACCAGCUCCUAGAAAUGAAGUCAACAGGAACCAAGAAACCUGGGUGCAACCAACAUCCGUAAUUUCGACGCCCUGUAGCGUCAGGGUUUGUUAGAUUUCUCCGAGUGCGGUCUCACGUCCGUUGACCUCACAAUUUGACCAGUUGCAUCGCACGUAUAUUCAGCCAAUCACAUCUGUCCAUGAAUGCAACAAACUGCUUUACCUGAAGACAUCUCAACUUUCUCCCAUAAACCCAUGAAAACGGCCAUCAGCACAAUAGACAUUCUCUUUUUACACAUUCUCAGCACUGUCAGUACAUGUCGUGUCCUCGUCUGUGAUCAUUUUCGAUCGAGAAAGCAGGGUUGGAUUCUGUACAGAAUACAUCCCUUAUUAUGGCGUCCUCCGUCUUCUCCCGCUGCCCGGAGAUUUAUCUGAUGGUUGUGCAAAGCUCUUCCUUUCACUAUCCGAGCACCAACAAAGGCUUUGCUGAACUGGUACAUUAAUAAAUUAUUAUUGUCUUAAGGCCGUCAACAGGCCAUCCGCCCAGACUUAUUCGGGUGGCAAACACGGUGUUGUUUAAGUUUGUCAAUCUACGUGUGGGAAUUUUUUCACUGUAACCAUAAUGGGAUACGGAGUGUCAUUGAGAGAACGCGGUUAAAAUCAAACGAUAAUGGAACUAGGGAAUUCGCAGCCCCUUCGGAGGGAUGGAAUCAGACUGCAGAUUCCUCGUAAUUCGUGGCGGCCUAACUGUCGCGAUUAAACAUGCGAGGAUUGUAAAUUAAUCGGCUUUGUCUUGAAUGACAAGGCCAAACAAGCGCAGCCUGAGCAAAGAACGGUGUUACGUAGAGGAUUUAUGCGGCGUCACACCUAUGGUGUAGUCUGUAUGUUAGCGAAUGAAAUGUUGGAAACUUGGGACUAUAAAUCACCAGCUACGGGACGUAAUCUAAUCACUGUCCCCGCUGCUUCGCAUUAGAAGCCCCAGUUUCGGGCUUCUGCCGUCGGAUUGAUUUGGUGUGUGGAUUAAUUAUCACUCAGUCCAAAAACCAUUCUAGGCAUUUUAUUGGCCGUUCGAAAUGCCUAAUGUUCUGUCUUGUCCAGUCUUUAUCCGUAUCUAAAUAAUCAUUUUGCCACCUAAGGCUGGCAGAAUCCUGUUCUGGGAGACCAAUCAGAUUAAUGUGAACACACUUUAUAGCUUAUUUUUUGUGCGGAAUUCCCUUUUUUCAACUAAAUCACGAAAAGUUGUAGUCGUAGAAAAAUGCAUAUAUUCACCCCUGGAAAUACCAAGGUUUGUAAACGCAUUUUGUUUAAAAUCUUGUUUGUUCUCAAUGACCACCCCAAUUAUCCGAAUAUCGGCCCAGAUCUGUCCAAAAUGAGUACAAGUUAGAAUACAACAGCAUAUUUGACGCAUAAACCUUAGAUUAUUAAAAGGAUAGGUAAAUAGUCAUGCCACCUCGUCCUUGUCUGAAUUAAGAUAAAAAAGCGUUACUUAAAUAACAUGAGUAACACGAUACUCACAGUUUUCGGGCUCCCAUUGAAGAUUGACCUACAUAGCCCAUGUUGUUCGGCGGAGGAAACUAUAUCACAAACAGUUGAUCCCUGCCUGUUUGCGGUUCAUUAUUCGCGGGCACAACUGCUUGCGGACUUCUUUUUCGCAGAACAUAUCUAGAGUAUUCGCUAAUUAUUUUGAUUUAUACUUGGGACUAAACACAUUUUAGGAUUAAAACGGUUUACUACAUUUGAAGUCUUGGUAUUAGUCUGAACAGAACCAAUAACAUAACUGUAUUUGGACAAUAGUUUAAGGUAUAUUUGGUGUUUAAACACUUGAAAAUUGUCAGUGAUAAGAAUUCUUUGAGGGAUAUCAAGUAUUCAUGGGUAGCUGCGGUUUCAUGCCCCAACAAAGACUGGCGGCUGACGACGUUUAAGGGCGGUAACCAUCUUAAAGCCAAACGCAUAGUAUUAGGAAAGAUUGCCAAUCUCAUACCACCUUCUGUGAAAGAAUUUGGAGUCUCGGUCUUACGACCCAUUGCCGUUUUAUUUUACGAUCCUGCCCUCGAAAACUCGAUCCUUUAGUCCAGGCUCAGAUGAUCAGAAUUUACGUACUUGAAGUGUGGUCGCCCCCUUCUGCCUAUAUGAAAGGCGAGAUUGAUUUAACGCGAACAACCUCUAUGGAUACUUUAAAGUUGUCUACGUUGUUCAUUCUUGUGUGGCAGGUUUUGGAACUCUUAGGAGUUAAGUGUGCUUCAUUCACCUUGUCCCGAAAGCCCGCAUACCAAACGGCAGACGUCUCCGAAGGAGAAAGGUUUAUGGCCAGAUCAAUCCCUUAUGACUGCCCUUAAUGCUAUCGCAAGUGCCGCCUCCAGGUGAGGGUUGAGUUUUAUUGAUCUGUCACUGUCUCGAAAGAAUCAUCAUCCUCGUUCGGCCUUUUGGUACAUAUUCAAAGGGUCACACACUUCCAGGUCCACAAGCUCCAAACUCCAAGUGAGACGAACGUCCGUAAACUUUAUUAAACAGUUCCUAAUCAGAAGAAACGAUCGAUAAAACAAGGACAUUCAUCAGAAGAAGAAGAAGAGGCGAUCGCUGGAAAAUGGGCUUUAUUUGCCUUACGUUUCGGAUUCUCACUUGAAUCCAUCAUCAGAGACAGUGACAGAAAAGGGUUUUACGUGCACAGGAAGUUGCAGCAUUUAUAAGAUGCAGUCGCUAUUCUACCGCAUGCCUGUAGCAGUUAACCGCGCUCCACUUCAUCAAGGUUUGGUGUCCGCCGGUGCGCUAGUUGCUUGAUGACCGGUUUGCAAGUAGUUAAUUGCUGAAAUCUCAUCACCCGUGUUGGAUGCUGGCGUGAUGAUUGCUCGGCCAUCUGGCUCACCGACUUGCGCGAUCCCCGAUUGGUCAAUUACCUUGGCCAGCCCAUGCCUCAGCACGGAGUAUGGAGUGGGGAUGUCGUUGCACUUUUUGGUAGAUUGAGGUCCCAUGAACCAUGACUCAGGCAACUCGCGGCUCACACGAUUAUGCCCUCUCGCGAGAAUUUCGGCCUCAUCGAACUUGAAUGUGUGGCCCGGGUCUCGUCGAAUGGGCCGCGACCUGAGAGUUGGCGUCAUUUCUCCGUACCGCUGUCGCAUGUUCGGCAAUUCGCGUUCGGAGUAGUCUUUCAGUUUCUCCGACGUAGUUGCUUCGUCCGUAACUGCAGCAGAUUCGGUAAACAACUCCAGAUGCUUCUUGCCGUGGCAGUGGGUCUUUUGGUCUCAUCACCUGAUGCCUCAUGGUGGCCUCCGGUCUGUGUGCAACUCCAACCCCAAGUGGCGCGAAAAGGUGACUAACGGCCUCGGAGACGUUCCUGGUGUACGUGAUCGCCCGCCAGAAUUUGGGGUCGGCACGAUUUUGUCGCUCGUCCCGCUUGCGCAUGCACCGUUGACGAAGUUGCCUGGGUAACCACUUUCUCGGAAAACCUGUCGAAGAUAUUGGGAUUCGGCAAUCUUGUCUUCGUGUUCACUGUAGUGCGUCUCAACACGCCGAUAUAGCGUUCUUACGCAACUGCGUUUGUGACUUACUGGGUGGUUGCUGUUGAAGUUCAGUAUUUGCAUCGUGUUCUUCGCUUUUCUGAAUACUUUGGUCUUUAGGCCACCACAGUUUUUGCGACAGACGAGGACAUGAAGGAAUGCCAGCUGGUUACUUUCUUCCUCCUCCAUCGUGAAUUGUAUGUCGGGAAAGACGCUGUUCAAACCCUUUUUGAACGUUAACACCUGAUCCCGUUCAAUGACGACGAAGGUCUCGUCUACAUACCGAGCCCAGAAUUUCGGUCUGUGGUGUUGGAAGACCAGCGACUCCAACCGCUGUAGGACCGUCUCGGCGAUGCAUCCCGAAAUCGGCGAACCCAUUGGUGUUACAUUCAUCAAUCAUCACGCCAGCAGCCAACACGGGAGACGAGAUUUCAGCAAUUAGCUACUUGCAUGCCGAUCAUCAAGCAACUAGCGUACCAGCGGGCAGCAGUCCUCGAUUAAGGGGAGCGCGGUUAAUUACUAUAGGUAUGCGGUAGCAUAGCGACUGCAUCCUAUAAAUACUGCGACUUCCUGUACACUAGCCACCCUUUUUCUGCAACUGUCUCUGAUACUGGGUUCAAGUGAGAAUCUGAAGCGUUAGGCGAAUAAAGCCCUCGUUUCAUCGGCCGCUUUUUUUCUUCUGAUCAGCUAGUUCCUGGAACUCGCAUCUUCGCUUAUUUCAGUUCCUUAUCUGUUUGUACAUAUACUCGAGAAUAGCACCUGUGUCGGGCCUCUUGCUGCCUUUAAACACCGUGAGUUCAGGUUACGCAGGGUGGUUAUUAGAACGGCGAGGUCCGUUUAUUACUCAACAGUUCUAAGCAACUGCCCAGCAAGGUGGCAUCGAAAGAAUCAUCAUCCUCGUUGGUCCUUCUGUUACGUAAUCCAGGGGUCGCACACUUACCAAUGUUCAACUUUAGUAACCAAUGCGCUGAGCAGCCGUGAAGUCGGUUAAGACUCUCUUAAGGUGUGUCCCUAACGUCGUUAGUCCCCAUGACUCUCCAGAGUUUAAUAGCGUCAGAAAAAUGACUGUGCGAAAACCCAGGUUGUCGACACAGUCGUUUGUGCAAAAUAAAAAGAGUAACGGUCCAAGAACUGAACUAUGGGGGACACUACUUAAAACGGAGUAAGAGUUAACUCCAAAGAACCAAUGCAUACGACUUGCGAUCUCCUUGUGAGAAACUCUGCGAUCCAUGCCACUAGCUUGUCUCUUAUUUCGAUUUCAAACAGCUUGUAAAUUAGACAUCUGUGUGGAACGCUGUCGAGAGCCUUCCUGAAAUCAACGUAGACUACGCCAGAUCUAUCCUACCCUCCUCUUCCUGUGUACAAUUCACUGGAAUAACAAUAAUGACUCCGCCUGAAACCGUGAUGGAGCGCUGAGAGUGAUUUGCUCUCCUACAGGAACUUAAUUUACGCACUCUUAGGCAUAAUUUACAGUGGGUACUGGUUAGACUGACGAGGCGAUAAUUACUCAUAUUGGUUCGAAUCCAAAUAUUACACAUCCAGUAGUUAUUUGCUGUCCUCCAUUCGGAUGGUAGUCUCCCCAAUUAUAAUAACAAAGGGAAGAUAUGCGCCAGUGAUUUGGCGAAUUCACCUGCCAAUUCUUUCAAGACCUUCUGCGGCAUAUUUUCCAGACCCGGUGAAUUAGCUUCUUUGAUAUUCUUCAGCCCACUUUCUGCAAUAGAUGCUGGAAAUAGUGGAAAUUCAGGCACUGGGCCGAUAUUUGCAACAGGAAUGUUCACAGCACGAAGAUGUGACUCUUCUUCUCUAGGUAAUACGGAAGUAAAUAAUUUUGCCCAAGUUUUUGGCUUCCUCGCCAUGUCCAACGAGUUCUAAGCCAACGUCAUUCCUUAAUCCUGCAAUCGGAUCUUGCUUUUUUAAUGACUGUUGGUAUAAUGCACUAAAAUCGUGGGUUUCUGUUCAACCUGUUGAAUAAUUUGGAACACAUCCUCCUUCCUUGCCUCGGGGACCUGCGUUAUUCCACCUUCCACUUCUCUUCAUCGACUGUCUGUUAUUACUCCUGUUAACCAGGCAAAGUGAAUAGUUAUUUUCGGUACCCCAGGUCCAAGGAAACCAUUUUAGCGAUCUUCCAUCUGCCUCUGGAUCCCUAUGAGCAAAUAGCCUCAGAUCGCGGUUACCAACUUAGUCCUCAUCAUUCUAAAAUCUACCUUCCAUAUAUAUCUUUGGUUUUCUGUCCCCUGCUGGUGCUGAGAAAAGAGUAAGUUGUCCCAUAACAGUUCAGUAAGGUUUUUGCACUUGCUACUUGACUGGGAGCUAGUGAACCAUUACUGAAGCACCCCCCCCCCUUCCCCCAGAUCACGCGAUCGCCACCUCUAGCAGGAAUCUCGGCCUCUUCGAAUUCGAAUGUCUGGCCGGAUCUCGUCGAAUGAGCCGCAACUUGAGAGCUAACGUCAUUUCUCCUCCCCGCUGCAGCGUGUUCGGCCAUUCGCGUACGGAGCUGUCUUCCGGUUUUACCGACGUAGUUGCUUUGUCCGCAACUGCGCCAGAUCCGAUAAGUGACUCCAGACGUUUCUUGCCGUGGCAGCGGUUCUUUCGGUUUCAUGACCUGACGCCUGAUGGUUGCCUCCGGUCGGUGUGCCACUCCAACCCCAAGUGGUGCGAGAAGGUAGCAGAAAGCUUCCGAAACUUUCUUGACAUACGGAAACGCUCGCCAAAAUUUGGUGUCCGUGCGGUUAGGCCUUUCGUCCCUUUUGCGUUUGCACCGGCUGAUGAAGUUGUGCUGCAGCCCCUUGUGCAUGAACCACCCGUAUCUGCUCUUGUCUCUGAUGAUGGUUUCGAGCAGGAAUCUGAAGCUUCAGGCUAA